CUGUAUAGUUAAAGCUAUGGUUUUCCCAGUAGUGAUGUAUGGAAGUGAGAGCUGGACCAUAAAGAAGGCUGAUCCCUGAAGAACUGAUGCUUUUGAAUUAUGGUGCUGGAGGAGACUCUUGAGAGUCCCAUGGACUGCAAGAAGAUCAAACCUAUCCAUUCUGAAGGAAAUCAGCCCUGAGUGCUCACUGGAAGGACAGAUCCUGAAGCUGAGGCUCCAAUACUUUGGCCACCUCAUGAGAAGAGAAGACUCCCUGGAAAAGACCCUGAUGUUGAGAAAGAUGGAGGGCACAAGGAGAAGGGGACGACAGAGGAUGAGAUGGUUGGACAGUGUCCUCGAAGCUACAAACAUGAGUCUGACCAAACUGCGGGAGGCAGUGGAAGACAGGAGGGCCUGGCGUCCUCUGCCCCAUGGGGUCACGAAGAGUCAGACACGACUAAACAACAACAAAAUACCACUUGGAAAUUUUACGCAAGGGUGGCAUAUACUUAUAUACUUUUUAUUUAAAAAAUCAUGGGCAUAGAAACAGUUCAAACAAUUGCACAAAUAGCAACUAACACCCCACACACAGAGAGCGAGAGAGGACAACACAUACGUAAAAUAGUAUCAAUUCCAAUGCCAUACGGUCUAAAAUACCGGUAGGUAACCAGGAAACGCGAUAUUAAAACAGCAUUGUUGCACCAAAGGCAGCGGCUCCAGAGCCGCAAACAUGCUGAAGUUAUUAAUUAAUUUUAUUUUAUUUUUAAGCAAACCUGAGAAAUACUGAUGCCGAGGGUAUGGUAAAGGAAGCGGGGACUACCCCCUUCCCCUGGCCAGCCUCUGCCACCCAGCUUUAAUCAAACGAGGCACUUUCCCCCACUCGGCCAUGAGCUCUUUGAGCACCGGAGCGACUGCGAGGUCUGUCCCGCGUGGCUUCCAGAGCCCGCGCCCGCAGCGUUUCCACGGGGAAACCGCCCGGCCGCGACAGCCCCACGGGGCGAGACGCCGCUUCCUCCCGGGGCUGAGAGCGGGAAGGUGGAGGCCGGCCGACUUUAAGACAAAGCGAGAAGUCGAGGGAGCUGCCGGGUCAGGUAAAGGCGCGCGGAGCCGUGAGCGCCACACCCCCCCGGGCAAGGAAGGCCGGCCAAGCACAGGUCAACCGCGAGAGGCCCGAAGCCGCGAACGAGCUCCAUUCGUCCCGGGAAAGUUCCUCGACGGCGACGUGAGAGACCGGGCGAGCGGCAGAAGAAGCAGGAGGAGGACGGAAUAGCGAAAGGAGGCGCUGAAGCCUCCAAGCGCCUGUUCCGUACGAUGUGGCCUGCGCGAAGUAGGGGAUUCCCGCCCCUCAGCGCGCGCCCCCGCCCCGCUUUCUUCUCCUGCCCGGCAGCAAAAGCAGCAGGUGAGCGCGUCCGGCAAAAGUUGAGGCGGAGCGCGCGGGGGCGGAGGGCGGGGCGAGCGAGGGGAGGGCGGUCCCGAGGCGGAGGCAGCGCCGCUUGACUGCCUUUCUCUUCUCGGGGCAGCGCUCUCGGCCUCGGAGCGCCGAGCAAGUCCUGUGCUUCCUGGCGAGGGUCCUUCGCGCGAAACGGGUGAGUGACUCGUUGGCGCGCGCGGGCCGCCUCAUACCUGCUGCAGCGGGGCCGCCGCUUUCGCAGGGGCCGGUGGGGGCGGGGGGGAGUAAGGAGGAGGGCGAGGUAGUUCCUGCUCCGCCUGCCUCCUCGGUGAAUGAGGAAGCGGCGCGGGCAGCGCCUCCCCAUCCCUUUUCGAAGUGAGCGAGUGUGUUUGUGUGAGAGAGAGAUUUCAUCUCUCGCCCACCCCACUUUCCGGCGCUGAGGGGUUGUGCGAAUGGGCUGAGCGCUUCUUCUCGUCAGAGGAGCGGGACCCUCCGGCGCUCGAGUCGCUGCCUGGGCUGGGUGAGUUGGGCGCCCGCCUGCCUCUCGUCUGGGUGUGCUGGGUGGCACACUUUCGCGACAGGCGCUCGGAGUUGCCCUCUCUCUCUCUCUCUCUCUCGCCCUCUUUCCUGCUUCUCGCUUCGCAAUCGGGGGCAGCCCGGCACUGGGCAAGGCGCGCGCGCCCUCGAGCGGGUGCUGCCCGUGGCGGAGGGGGCGCGUUGCACAACCGGGGCGAGAACACAGGGCGACUGAGUUCUAACAUCCCGCGGAGGUUUGUCUCCACCGGGACUUCCUCGUUUUAAGAGCCUCCAUGUUUUCUUUUAAGUGCUCCGCCAAAUUCUUGCAAAUCGAAUGGUUGACUUAGUCAGAGGAGGGGGUGGGGCUGAUGGGCUCGGACUUUUCUCUCUAGCUCACCGCAUAUACUUGUAUGGUGCAAGUUACCAGCCCCUCCUCAGAUUUCUUUUCUGAAUGGUCUCUAGCACCUUUGCGGAGUUUUUUUUUAAACCCAACAAACUUAAAGACAAACUUUGUUUAACUAGAAAAACGCACACACGGACACUCCCAACUCAUCAAAAUCACUUGCAAAAGCUGCUGUCUUUUGGUGUGCCAGAAUGGCACUGUCUGAAAUCUGGCCUCUGCAGCUUGGCGUUUGUAGGAAUUUGGUUACCUUGGCAGAAGCGACGCAGGAGUCAGGACAGGGAAAACACAGCGACAGUGUUCUUCAGCUGACAGUUAUUGACAGAUAUUAAAACUGAAAGGCAGCCUCACAUGACACCACUAUCUGAUAGAAGCAUUCAGCAUUUGUCUGUUUGCCUGAUCUUUAGACUUACUACACCAGUGGGUGCCUGGGUGGAACACAAUGGCUGUCAUCUGUAUUAACAAUAUUCAUUGCAUUUUUGAAGUGCGUAUUAUGAUUGCUAUUUCGAUUGCCUCAGUUGUGCUUCACUGGAGUCCUGAUGGUUUCCACCCCAUUUUCUCUACCCCACAGCUAGAAACAGCAUGCUGAGUAGUUUGGGGUUGAGGAUUAGAAAGGGUUUCCCCCCCAAGCUUGGUUAGUAUCUAUAGGCAUUUGCUUAGUUUGGAAUGUGUUUGCCUUCCCAUGCAGCGUACGGCUAGGUUUGCUUGCAUUUAGUCACCUCAAGUUGUUUGCCAUCACAGUUUGUUUCUGUUGUGCACCUGUUCUCUUGAGCAGUGGGUGGGAUGAUAGAAAUGGACUGGAUGUUCAUUUGGUAUCUUCCAACAACUUCAUGGUCCUGUGAAUGCAAACCAUGUUAAUUGUUUCUAUAGUGCUAUACCAGCAUUGCUGAGAAAUUUAUCAGAUGUUUUAAACAGGUACAGGAGUAGUGGCCAAACGUUUUGAUAAAUGUACAGCAAAUGAAUUCUCAAUUUGUGUAACAUGGACACUUAAGGGCAUAUUAAUAAUAAUAUAGAGGGAUGCGGGUGGUGCUGUGGUCUAAACCACUGAGCCUCUUGGGCUUGCCAAUCAGAAGGCUGGCGGUUUGAAUCCGUGGGACGAGGUGCGCUCCCAUUGCUCUGUCCCAGCUUCUGACAACCUAGCAGUUUGAAAGCAAACCAGUGCAAGUAGAUAAAUAGGUACUGCUGUGGCGGGAAAGUAAACGGCAUUUCUGUGUGCUCUGGCACUCGUCACAGUCCUCCGUGCGCCAGUAGUGGUUUAGUCAUGCUGGCUACAUGACAUGGAAAGCUGUCUGUGGACACAUGCCGGCUCCCUCGGCCUGAAGUGAGAUGAGUGCCACACCCCAUAGUUGUCUUUGACUGGACUUAACCGUCCAGGGGUCCUUUACCUUUACCUUAAUAGUAAUAUGUAGCUAGGCACAAAGGCUUGCUGUAACAAAUUUCCAGUUGUGACACCCAUGCAGCAGGCUGACUGCCUGCAAAAUAUGCCAACAGCAUUUAUUUAUUUAUUUGCCUGAUCUUUAGACUUUCUAUACCCGAAUAUGACAUUUUUGCACUAGAGAAAAAUCAGAAAAUUGAGCAAUAUGCUGCUUCUUCCUAACAUGCUAACCAUUAAAUUUCUAAAUGAAAUGGCUGAAUGAUCUGAACAGAUGGGUUAGUCUAGGCUUAAGCCAUAAAAUAAUUAAUUCCAGGAAGUGUAGCUAGCUGUGUCUGGGGAGCAUACAUGGAUGAGUUAAUAACUUUAGUCCUAAAGAUCCGGGAAUACGCACUAUGGAUUGCUGCACCUUGCUUAUCUUUAAGUUUGAUUUAAUGCAGAUUGUGAAAAUGCUGUGCCAUUAGGUUAAUGGGAGGGUGAAGCAGCAUGUUAAACAAUGUAAUUCAUUUACUCUUUGGCUACAGUGCUAUGUACACUUUUCUGGGAGUUUCAUCCGUUGAAUCCAGUGAGACUUACAUCUGACUGAACAUGUGUAGGAUUUUUCUGUAUUCGCUGCACAAAUUGAGCAUGAUAAGCACAUCUUUAGUGUUACUUAAAUUAUCAAACCACAUGCCGAAGAACAUAGGGUUCUGAGAGAAGAGAAUGCAUGAGAACCUAUGUGGUAUAAUGGAUGGAAUGUCAAGAGUAGGAUUGAGGAGGCCCAGGUUGAAAUCCCUGCUCAGCCGUGAAGCUGAAUGGGUUACCUGGGCCUGUUGCUGCCUCUGAGGGUAAAAAUGAUGCUGGGGUGGGGGUACGUUUUGAUCAUAUCUUAAAAUGUAAGAAAUAAAGGUCUACAUUCUUGGUAUUUGUGUGUCUUGGGGGGUUGUACUUUAAGCUUACAUUAAUUAGAAUGUAUUAGCCACACCCACCCACCCUCAAAGCAGUUCUUUAUUUUUUUAAAAAAAGUAAAACAAUAAAAUUAUCAGUAAAAACAGUUUUAAAAACUCAAAUGUUUAUUGUAAUCAGGUCAAAAUUACAUGUUUAAGAAUGCAGUAUAUAAUAGGAAAUCAGAUAGUGUACACUUGGUGUGUAGCAUACUAAACUUUCUUUGUUCCUGAGUAGUCAAAUGGCUUUCAGAUUUUGAGAUGUGAAUCAGUGAAGGGUUGCAGCCUGCUGUUAUUCAUUAAAUACGAAAAUGUCCUUAAUUUUGUCUGUUCCCUUGAUCUGGUAACUUGAGCCUAUGAAGUACUGUAGCUUUCAGGAAGGCAGGUGAAAUGGCACGUUGUACUUGUCAAGUAGUCCCUUUAUAUAAUUACAUAUUACGAAGGCAAAGUAGUGCAUUCCUGACUCUUGGGCUUGUGGAUGAUUGGAUGCUCUACAUUGGAGUCAGUGAACAAAGCAGGAAAUGAAUCCACCUUGAAGUGUUCAAAACCAGCCUUUGCCAACCUGGUGCUCUCCAGAUGUUUUGGACCACAACUUUCAUCAACCCUAGCCAGCAAGUGCACUGGCUGGAUUUGAUGGCAAUUGUAUUUCAGACUGGAGGGCACCAGAUUGGUGAAUAUUGGUUUAAAUAAAUAAAAGAAGUAAAAGAAUGUGACCCCAAUAGAUUUUUAGUAGCAGCAACUGCAUUUGUGGACAGGAACAAGACUAUUUCCCUGGAGGGCUGGGAAAAUUCAGAGGCAUGAGGAAGCAGGGUGGGAUAUGCGGUGAACACGAGACCAGAUGAAUAAACAAAGGGAAGAAAAAUGUCCAGAGUUGGGCUUAUUCACACUGAAGCAAUUCAUUAAAGGUGCCUUCGGUUAAUCAAAUGUAUUCUUUGUUAUUAAAAAUAAUUACCAAAGAAACAUUUUUUUAAUGUUGUUGGUUUGCAUACAAGAAUUGACACUUGGUGGUACGAUUAUAGUUGCAGCAACCUUUUCUGUGGUGGCACCCUCUCAGUGGAACUCUUUCCCACCCUUCAUAGCUUCUAGAUGUUUUCAGAUCCAGUUGCACUUGUUGUUUUAUACCCCACUACCACCACCCCGGCAGGUGCUAUGAUAUUGUCUUAAGAAUGUAGUUCACCUGUUGGGCCUUUUGAGGCCAGAAGAGCAGCUCAUAAAUAAAUUUAUAAAGAAAUAAAUAGAAAUGCUGUGGGCUCUAAAAUGUCCCUUAUCAGUUUAGGAAUUAGCGUAUACAUAUGUGUGCGUAGCAUUUCCUGUUCAUUUCCUGGAGAUGUCUGUAAUCUGAAUGCCAGAAAAGAUUCUCAAAAGUAUGAUUGCUGUAGUGGCCAUCAGCCAAAAUGACAAUGAUAAACUUGGGUGGAGAGGAAAGUAAAUAAGAUUACAAGGCAGCUUUGAAAACCAUAGCAUAUUUAGCUUUUGUAAAUCAAGUUGCUUAUUAAAUCCAUAUAAAAAGCUCAGAAAAAUAUUUUUUUUAUUUUUAUAAUUAUUUUGUUACUUACCUAUCAAAGUUAAAUGUCUGCAUUUGAAGACAGCAAAGUGAUAUUAAAAAGUAAUGUUUGAGUUUUAUUCUAUAAAUUUUGACACCACAAAUGUUUUAUAGUUCGCCAAAAUGUAUGUUGUUGACAGUUACUUGCAACUACUCCUGUGGCUGUAGAGACCAGUAUAGGAGAGACAAGUCUGGUUGCAGUUGGGGCAGAUGAAGGCAUCUGGUUAUGCUGAUGUAGAUGUACCAUGGUGUUGCUUCUUUAUGCGUUCCUCCUCUGGUUACUUCUACUUCUACUUCUACUUCUUCUUCUUCUUCUUCUCUGGUUACUUCAUGACCUGACUGCAUCUCCAGGCACUGUGAUCGUCUUCAUGGGAUUUACACAUGAUGGGUUCAUGUCUUGUUGUAUGCGUGUGAAUACUUGUUUAAAUCCACCUACAAGUUUUCUGAAUUGUGUUUGUGUUUGUGCCUGCUUGCUGAACUUCAUGCAUUGAAUAUUCCUUUGGAAAAUGAGGAGAUCCCACUCCAAGCACUUGCAGGUAUUAAUGUGUCAUCUUCAAAAUCUCUGAAUGGGAAAAUGAGGUUUUGAAAGAUGUGAACCGUAUUAUGCAGAAUAGCAUGCAUAUACAACUGAAGCGUCAUUUAUUCAUUAUAAAUGAACACUAUCAAUGCUGUAUGCAUCAGUAUUCUAGCAGAACAUGUUUGAUAGGCCAAAUUAUUUUUCACCAUUUCAUUCUGUAAAUCAUUACAGUGGUACCUUGGUUUACGAACAGUCCUGUUUAUGAACUAUUCGGUUUACGAACUCCGCCAAACCGGAAGUAGUGUCCCGCUUUGCGAACUUUACCUCAAUCUACGAACGGAAGCCGAACAGUGGAAGGGCACCAGUGGCAGGAGGCCUCAUUAGGGAAAGUGCACCUCGGUUUAAGAACGGAUUUGGUUUAAGAACAGACUUCAGGAAUGGAUAAGUCCGUAAACCGAGGUACCACUGUAUAUUGCUGAGAUCUAAUGUGAAAAUUCACGAAUUAUUUCCUUAAAAUCACAACUUUGCUUAAUAUAUGGCUUUCAAAUAAUUUAAGAGGCAACUGCAUUUCUCCUUUCUUCUUGCAUGCACUGCUGGUAUUUCAUUUUCAGCCACGUACCCUACUUCUCUUACCAUGGCAGAGAGCAGACUGGCUUGUCCUGCCUCAGGCUGUUGUACCUGAGAUGGAGAAUUCAAUUCUCUUAAAAAAAACAAAAAAAACAAACCCUUCAGAUUUUUACAUGCAGCUGUAUCAGGAAAGGGGAGCCUCUGGCUCUCAGCUGUUGUUGGGUCCCAACCUUCAGCCUCAGCCACCAAGAUGAAUGGUCAGAGAUGAUGGGAGAUGGAGUCCAGAAACACAUGGGGGGGGGCAGGUUCCCUCAUCCCUGAGCUGCAUCCAUUCAGAGAAAAACACAAUCCUCAUGUGGAACAAUAAAGCCCUAAAUCAGUAUAGCAGCUGAACUUGUCAACAUACAGUCCUUUUCAUGCAGUUGUUACUGGCAGGCUGCUAUAAAAGUAACACCAGUUUUUGCAAGCGGAAUUUGAGGGCAGUUUAGCAUAAAUAGAAACUUGGCUUUUAGGUAUUUUAGUUCUCUGAAUUACUAUGCAAUUUGUUUACCACACUGCCCAGUCAUGUAUUUUGGUGUUGUUUAUGUAAGGUACCUUCUUGGACAUAUUUAGUGGUGAUUAUAUUGCGACUGAUAGUGUUAUAAAUAAUUGUGAUGGCCAUGUAAAACCGUAAGAAUCUUGCAUUGCUGCAUUUACUAUUCCUAUUCUAAGUGUAUCUAAAACAUUUAAUUCACUCUGGAAGUGUGCUGCUCUGCAUAAUCUGGUUUAUGAUUAUACCUUUUAAACAGAUAAGAAGCAGCAGGGAGUCAAGCCUGUGCGAACUGCCCAUGAACAGUAAAAUAAUAGAUAGUAACAAAAUGCAUGUCUCUUCUAAUUUGAUUGCCACAUUUUCAUGCUAGAUCCAAGUUUUUGCUUCAUCCUCCAUAUGACAGCCCUUCAGAUAUUUGAAGAUGGCUCAUAUCUCCUUUCAGUCUCCUCUUUUCCAGGCUAAACAUACCCAAUUCCCUCAACCUUUCUUCUUAAGUCUUGGUUUCCAGACCCCUGGUAAUCUUGGUCACCCUUCUCUGUGCAUGUUCCAGCUUGUCAAUAUCCUUCUUAGAACACCACUGACAUGUGCUUCUCUGUCUCCAUGUCUUGCAAGAGCAUUUGUCACCUUUCGUUUUUGUACAUAACCAUGUUUAUGUACAUUAUGUCUACACUAGCAUUUUUGCUAACCAUGGACAUGGCUGAUCCAGUUUUUCAACCAUGACUAGGACAAGGUUUUCAAUCUGUGGUUUGAUAUAAAAAUGAUUAUCGUGGUUAAUUCAUAAAAUUAUUUUAAAUGAGUAAAUCAUAGAAAUGAUUAUCAUGGGUAAAAAUGACCAUGGGUAAUUAAAUAAAAUGAAAGGGGGUCAGUUUGGUACAAGAAGGGCACUAUAGGGUACUGAUGACGCAGUUCACAAUUCGCAAAAAUGUAUUAAAUGAGUGGAUGUUCCCUAGCAUGAAUAAAGGAGGACACUCAGAAAUAACCAUGCUGUUGCAGAAAUCCCAAACUAGGCAAAUCACAUUCUUUCCUCCAAUAGUUCUUCUCUAGCUUGUAAUCCAAGCCCUGCUCUGCUCAUUUAUCUCUCUGUGGAUGGUGCAGGGAGGAAAGUCUCACUCCCGUUUUCUUUUAGCAGUGUUACAAGGGUGACAUUGUAAGCCCAGUUCAGCCCUGGACUUAAUCCUAAGUAAGCACAAAUAUGAUCUGGUUGGGUCCUUGACUCUAGCAUUUGCUCCACAGUUGAGGGAAACCACAAAACUCACCUGUCAUUUGGACACUUAAUAUACUGUCAUGACAUAGCAUAACAUAAAAAGAGCCAAAGGCCUAUCUAGUGCAGUCUAUUCUUCUAGUGGCCACUGGCCAACCAGCAGCUGGACAUGAGUGGAUUAGCACGCUCCCACUUGUAAAUCCCAGAGGCAUGCUACUUCUGAUACUGACUAAUCUUCAUUGAGGGCCAUAUCCUUGUGAAUUGUGUAUUUAUACAUUAAUAAAUAAUAACAAUGCAUUUGUUGUCUGUGACACAACAUGCAGUGCCAUCGUAAAAGAAGUACUGCAUCUCUCUACCUCUGUGUGCUGCUGUUGCCAUGUGCGGUGUUGCAUUGGGAGCUUCUUGGUGUGGAACUGAAGCAAGCUCAAAACCUUCCAUCUCUAAAUGACUGCCUUGAACGGCUUGCUUCGUCUUGCUUGACUUAUGAUAAGGCUGCCUCUGAGUCCUAUCCAAAAUGUGAUUACCGUAUUUUGGCUGCACUAAUAUGGUGACUGACUUUGUAGUGAUCCCACUUUCUUGACAAAGUUGAAGGUUAGGUGCCAUGAUGCAUGUGACAAUUGUUGUGUCUUCAUGAGCAGGAGAGUUAAAACUCCUGUGAGGUGGUGGUGGUCUAGAAUUGUGCAUUUUGCUAAUUAUCAAGAGUUUUCUUUCUUCUGUGCUAUCCCCUUUAAUUCUGAAAGUUUAGAAGAGGGACAUGAUUAAGAGCCUUUAUAGAUACAUGAGUAGCUGUCUAAAUGCAGUGAUUGGAAAUUGCUUGGUUUGGGCAAUAUGUUUUGUGGGUACAUUUUUGUACAUGGGAGAAGAGCAUUCAGGUUUUUAAUUAAACAAAGAGGGGGCAAUUAUGCUUGGACACUUGACGAGCUUAAAAACUGAGGCUGGUAAUUCAUCAAGUAUUUUUAAAAUAUUAACGUUGUAAGAACAAUAAAAGAAGAUCAUUAUCAACAAGUUUCAUACUUAGGUUCACAACAAAACCUGAAUCAAAUAACUAUUAUUGUGAAACAAUAUGAUUUCUUUUAAAGUUAAUGUUCAUGAACUAUCGGUUUUAUUACUUUUUUAUUCUGCUCUCUUCUCCAACCCUGUCACUGAAGGUUGUGUGCAAGGUCUUUUUCUCCUCACAAAAAAAUCUGGAGGGAGGCUAACCAUGUGACUGGUCCAGCUUCACCACUGAAUGCCAUGGCUGAGUUUCCCUCGUUCUAAUCAAUUGGUACCCAUGAAGCAGUGACCUCUGUCACUGAUGGCUGCUUGUGUUCCUCCUGUUCAUAUAGCUAGUAGUUAUUACUCUAUUGCUGCAGAGGCAAGCUGUACCUGCUCCUAUCCUUUCUAGCAAAUAAUACCAUUCUUGAUUUAAAAUAAAAAUAAAAAUGUGUGCCAUCUACACAAUGGUGUUUCUGGAAUAUCUAACAGGCCAAAUGGAAAGAGGGCCCAUUGUGGUAGAAGGGUGUAGCUAGCCUUGUUGUCAUUUUCUACUACUUCCAAAAAUAAACAAAUAACCUAUUUUCUGUAUCUUAGCAUUUUAUCUAUAAACAAAGCAUUACUAAUGGCAAACAGUAGUUUUAAAGAAAAACAACCGCCUUAGUUGUUGCUAGUACAUAAAAGCACAAGUCCUGCACGUGUAUUCAGUGGGCCUUAUUGCAGUGGGAGUUAUUACUUGAAGUCGAACUUAUUUCUUAAUAACUUACUGCUGCAAAUAUUCAAAACCACAGUUUCCUUAAAACACAGGUUUCAGGGACAUGCAAGGCUAUUCUAUGUUUGUUUGGAAUGCAACAUUCCAGUUUCAUUACUCAUGCUUUCUAGAGUCUUGUUUAAUAAUCUGGAAAUUCAUUUACCAUUGGACACAUUUUUUAAAAAAUCAAAUUUACAAGCCUUAAAAAAAACAACAACUCAGAAUGUUCUUUAAAUGUUUUGUAAAACAGUUUUGUUGAGUUUACAUCUGCUGUUAAUGGGUGAUGUAAGUAGAAUACUGUGGACUGAACUAGUGCAAUUUCACCCCCCAACCCCUGUAUUUGACUACUGAUAUAAGAAUUACCGGUACUUCUGAGACAGUAGCACUUUCGAAUGAAUAGAGAAGUAAUCUAGUGUUGCUCACUGGAAGGACAUGGCGUGGGGAGGGUCUAUAAAUGUAAGGAUCUACGUAGGGCAUAAUACAAUUAUUCUCACAUCCACGUAGCAUCAGGCUAUGCACAUUAGAGCAGUGUGCCUGUUUUCUGUCAUUACCUUGUGUGAUAUUAUGUAUGUGCAGCCAAGGCAAAAAGGGAGUUUUGUAUUGUUCUGAGGGAAUCCUGCCAGUAUGAGGCAGGAUCAAGCCCUAAGUGUAGGCAAAUUUAGGAGUCAGGCCUAAAAAAACCCAUGAAAUUUGAGAAUGAGAUUUUUCUCUAACAAAAUAUAUUAAAGGCUCCUAGCUUUGGUUGCUAUAGUGUGACAGUAUAAACUAUGUAAGUGUGGCAGUAUAAACUAUGUAAGUUCCACUGUAUUCAGUAGGGCUUACUUAACCUGAGACAUCUUUAUUUUGGAUGGAGCAGGAGGGAGAGAAGCAAUUUUGUUUUCUGCAUGAAUGUGGGUAUUCAAAUGGCUCAUGAAUUAAUGCUAACAGGGAUAUUCUUGUGCCCAAAUAGUUAAUAUAUAAUGCAGAUAUGUAGUUCAUUAAUUUUGAGUUAUUAACAUUGGUCAAAUAAAUGAGAUUCCAACAUUCAAGUAUUCUCUCAUGUCUAUAGCGUGGACAGCAUAUACAGUAGUCUUGGCUACUGUUAUUUGGGAUGAAACAACUUGAGUGCUUUCUAUUACAGUAUAACUAGCAGCUCUCUAUAUUAAGCAUGCAUGAUAUAGAGCAUUUAAAAAAUAGAUUUUUUUUUAAAAUCCAAAGACACUGAUCAUAUUUAUAAUCUUUUUCUUUAAGCGUUACCUCAGCCCAGCCAUAUGCAGAUUUAAGUGGGAUGCACAGUGCAAUCUAAACAAUGUCUAUGAAGAAGCAGGUCCUAUUGAGCUCAGUGGGUCUUACUACGAGAUAAGCAUGCAGAGGAUCACAGUCUAAGUCUAUGGAAAUAAAUGCCUUUAAGCCCAUUUUAAUGCUGCUGAGGAUCAGACUGUAUUGAUAUAAACUCCUUAAGCCACGAAGCAGACAUCUCUCUGGUUUACUGGGUUCUUUUAAGAUCUUAAGUUUUAAAGCAUUUAAAUGUUGAUACAUCCUAGAAUAGGGUGGUGGCAGAGACACACAGUAAGGGUGGGUGCAAAUGGUUAAAUGAAAGCAGUUUCAGUGAUGAAUUAACAGUAGUUCUUAGUCUUCCAGCAAACAUCUGGGGAUAAUUUUUGCAUGUAGCCAUGACACAGCUCCUUAUUGUACAUAUCUGUACAUUUGUAUCUUGGAAGUCGAACGGAAUUCAUUCCAGAAGUUCGUUCGACUUCCAAAAUGUUCAGAAACCAAAGUGCAGCUUCCAAUUGGCUGCAGGAAGUUCCUGCAACCAAUUGGAAGCCGCGGAAGCCCCGUCGGACUUUUGGCUUCCAAAAAUAGUUCGCAUACUGGAAUAGUCACUUUCGGGUUUGCGGCGUUCAGGAGCCAAAACCUUCGAGAACUAAGCUGUUUGAAAACCAAGGUACGACAGUACUAGUUUUUGUGACAGCACUUUAUUUAUUCAGUUGCCGGCUGUGGUAGGUGUGAUAAACUUCCAUCAACACACGUGAGCAUUUGCUAUUCUCUCUUAUCAGUGACUUAUGUGACUUUAUUAAUACUGUAUUACAUUUAUAUCCCACCUUUCCUCUAAGGAGCUCAAUUCCCCCUCUCCCCCUUUUAUCCACACAACAACCCUGUGAGGUAGUUUAGGUUGAGAGGCAGUGACUGACCCAAGGUCACCAGGUGUGCUGGAUCACCAAGUGGGGUUUUGAACCCCAGUCUCCCAAGUCCUAGUCCAGCACUCUAAGCAUUACAGCACACUGGGAAAUUCACUACUGGCCUUAGAGCUGUUAUUGCUUAUUAUACCCAGCAUACUGGAACAAGAUUCUGGAGUGCAGUGCUGAGGAACCUCCAGACUGGGGGCCUAAUUAGGUUUUCCAAGCCUCUUCAUUUGGCCUGUUAAGCCAUUUGGACCAAGCCACACCUACCUGUCAUACACCUGAUAUCACAUAGUAUCACAUGCGAUGUCAGGCGUGUGUUGAGUAAACUAGUGGCUGGACCAAUAAGGGGUUUGCAGGCACCACUGAUCUCCUGAUUGUUGACAACUCCAAAAUCCUAUGUGCUGCUCUUUGCAAGUGAGCUUUGUGUGCAGUGCUUUGAUGCCCCAACAACCAGCUGAUUGCCAGUGCCCAAUUGUUGGGGUUUGAGCCCACAGUGUUUACCACAAAGGUAAAAGUUGGUCAUCUGACAUCAGAUGAUUGACAGUUCCACCUCCCUACCCUUUUGAUAGUUAGAGGUGGUAAGUGGCAUUUUGUGAGCCAGCUUAGCUCCCUUCAAGGGACUGCCAAACCACAUUCCCCCUUUUCUUCUUAUUUUUUUGCUUCUUUGAAACUGCCAUUUCAGGCAAUGGUAAUUAAGAAUGGGAAUGAGAUAACUGAUGCAGAUGCUCCCCCCUCCCCCAGCACUCCCCUCUUCCUCUCUUCUCUCCACACUGCUUGUGAGAGGGCGGGAGUGCAUAUGAAUGAGUAAGAAAGGAUGGGUAUGUUUUCAUGUUUUCUCCCUCUUAUCAUUUAUGCAACAGCUGCUUUCCAAAAUGCUCCUUCCUGGAAUGUGAAGAAAGAUGAGAGGGAAUUCUGGGCAAGCAGAGCCAUUGUUAAGCAAUGGCUUUUUGCUGCUAAUAAGAAACAUUAGGAAACUGUGUCACUCAGGGCUGCAGUUCUCUACCAGAAGAAAUGCAAGGGGGAAAGGAAUGAGAGCUGGGAGUGGGGGUGCAUCUUGAGAAAUGGGCAGUGGAGAGAUGGGGAAGGCAUUGCUUGUGAGACGCCUAUUAUGGAAUUAAAUUGGUUUGUUCCACCACCUCCCAGCAUCUUCUCAAUGGAGUCUGCCAGAGCUGUUGGAAAGUAUAUUCUAUUUUAUGUGCAGGGCUGGGUCCAAGAUAUUUUGGUGCCGGGGCAAAGGACAAAAUUACACCUCUCUCCCAUUCCAUAUACUAAAGGCAAACCAGACCUGAGAGCAGCAGACCAGCUGCACAGGGUGGAUAGUGUUAUUCACACAGUUCUGUCUUCUACCAUGAGACAUUAUUUGGGCAGUACUUCAGCAUCUGAAAUUUUUUUUGGUCAGUUUAGUUGUCAGCAAUCAAGCUUAAAUACAUAUAAAAUGUGACCCUCUUACUGGAAGCUUAAGAUAGUUUCUGGGGUCUCCAGGUGGCCAUUGUGGUGGAAUGUAUGUAGGCUGAAUCCCUGUUGCUGACUUAAUAAAGCUGGCGACUCAAAAAGAUAGGCCUGAACAUAUUGCACGACAGGACUCAUCACAGCUGGAAGCUGCAAAUAUGCUUCCUGGUUGUUCCAAACACCACUGAGGUAUGGGCAAAUUAAUAAGCACAGGUCUGGGUGGCACAUGCUAGGCACAUAGCUUUGGGUUUUUUCUUAUUUCAAGUCCUAGUUUUAGUUUCCUGUCUUCCAUUAAUUUCUUCCCAUGAAGAUGAAAAUGUAUUUGUGAUUCAACGUUGCCUCAAAGUGGCACAAAUCCAUAUCCCUUGGACACACCAGUUCUUAUGUUUAUUAUUUUCACUUCUUUAACAGAGCCAUAGCAUGCAGAACAGAGUAUGUGGGUUGUGUUCAGUGUUCUCUAUGAAAUGUCUUCUCAGUUUCAAGAGUGCCUUGUGAAACCCAUGUGUUCUUACCUUUAACAAUAUUAUAUUGAUCCUGAUGCUGUAGAGGAGCUUGAAUCCUAAAACAAAAUGUCACUACAUAAUGUCUAGGACAAGGCAUGCUGUGCUGAGAUCAUAAUUUCAAACUAAGGCUUCUUUUAAAAAAUUGGAAAUACUUUUCACUUUGGUGCCCUUUGUUUCUUUUAAUCCUUGACACCAGUAGAGUACUACUGGAAGGAAUAUCUAUAGUUCUUUUAUGUUAAAUUUCACCACAAAUAAUUGGUACGUAUUUGUGAGGUUAAGCAUGAUAAUAGCUGCUAACAUCCUGGUCAUAAGUUCAUUGCUUAGAAAUGAAACCCUACUACAGUGGUGCCUCGCAAGACGAAAUUAAUUCGUUCCGCGAGUUUUGUCGUCUUGCGAUUUUUUUCGUCUUGCGAAGCAUGGUGUCGGGAAAGUUUUGGAAAAGCUUCAAAAAUCACCAAAGUCUUUAAAAACCUCAAAAAGGCUACCACACACCGCGUUCUAUGAGUUGCUCCUCGAAGUCAAGUCGCAACUGUAUUAACGGUGUUAAGAAAAAGCAAACAAACUUGCAAGACGUUUCCGUCUUGCGAAGCAAGCCCAUAGUGAAAAUCGUCUUGCGAAGCAGCUCAAAAAACCCUUUCGUCUAGCGAGUUUUUUGUCUUGCGAGGCAUUCGUCUUGCGAGGUACCACUGUAGUUAUUUCUAGUAGAGUUUGUUGAGGACCAGAGCCUAAACCACAUAAUCAACAAAUAAUUAGAAGUUGCCACGAACUAAUGCCUGCUUUAUUCAUGUCUUCAUGUCUGGAAGAUAAGAGCAUUUUCCUUUUGGCCUGGGAGAUGCAUGCUCAAAUCCCAGCCCAGUCAGUGUUGUUCAAAAUCAUUGUGCAAGCUGAAGGCAGUCAUUUCAUUGAAAGCCACUGAAAUAAUAACUGACUGCCACUUCUUUUCAUGGCUACAUGUUUAGAGGAGAUGAAGCCUAAUGCACUUGAUAAUUAUAGGAAAAGGCUCAGCUGGAUAUUGUACAGAGCUGUAAUGCAACUGCCAAAAUAAAAGUGACUAUCUGAGUAACACUCUGAUGAUCAGUAGAAUGAUUCUUUUCUACAAAUAUAAACUGAAUUUAAUAGGCUGUUUAUAUGGGUAUUAAAGUUUAUUCCAUAUUGUUCCUGGCACCCUCUGAAUUUGGUGUUGGAGAAGUAUGUGCAAGCUUAUUAGUUCUAGGACAGAGUGCAAUAAACAAAGAAAAAGAAAAGUUGAAAGGUGUUACCAGCCAUUGAUUGACAUGCUAGGGCAUCAUACUCAAUUACUUCUAAGCUGUCCUCAGACAGAAGAAAUUGUGUAUCCAUCUGUUCCUCAAAUUUGAAACAGAGUUUACAGUCAAAUGCACCAGUAGGCUGUUCUUAGUUCAGGACCCUAAGAAUAAUAUCCAUGACUAGACAGGUAGCCACUCAAUGGUACCAGCCAAAUGAUGCCCUGAUUUUUUUCUUUGAACUAGGAAUCAAUAUAGGUUUUUAAGAAACAAACACUUAAUGUGGGCAGAAUUUCUGUCCCAUCAACAAUUUCCUUGUAAAACUGCCAAAAGAUUUCUUGGCUUUCUCACAGUGUUGUUAUCAGUCCCUGGAUUAGAUGUGGAGCAGUGAGAGACAUACAUCUUUAGGAAGCCUCUGGAACUAUGAAAGAAUGUAAUCCUGAGAUGUGUGUGUGUGUGUGUGUGUGUGUGUGUGUGUGUGUGUUAAAUGACAUCAUACUUUCCCCCUGCCCCAGAAUGUAUGGGGGAAAUGGAUUUUAACUUCUGUGUAUUUUAUCUAUUGAGGAUAAAGGAGGUUUGAGAUGAGGGGUUGGAUUGUGGGAUAAUUGGACUGGCUGGGGGUUGAUUCAUAGCAAGCCACUGAUUCAAAUGGAAAUGCUGCUCACAAUCAGCAGUGCAGGAAAAUGGCCUGAAUACUAUUCCUCUCUAGUAAAGGAAGUAUGAUGAGUUGCCAGCUAAUGCAUAGAUUAAAAAAAGAAAUGAUGGAAAGAAACUAAAUUAUAGAAAUGCUGCAGACAAGGAAGAUCCAUUCUAGACUUGGACACCUAUGAGAUUCUGGCGAUUCUAUGCAAGUAGAGCAUGAGAGUUGCACCCAUAGCCCUACAAAUGAGAGAGAAAACUCAGGUCUGGGAUUUUUAAUUGGCAACAAAUUUAUUAGAAAAACUCUGAAGGAUCUGCAAAUAGGUAUUGCUGCUGUGUGAAGUGGUUCCUAUAAGUCAGAGGAUGUGGGCUCCUAUAAGUCAGAGGAUCAUAAUACAUAAUCCUUGGUUUUUUGGGCAAGCUUUAAAAUGAUUUACUUAGCUUAUAGGUCUCAGAUAUGCAUUUUCACUAUGCAGCAGCAAUAAAAUAAUGCAGGCAAAAAUAAUCUUAGUUGAAAUUCAGCAAGAUGGCACUCCAUUAUUUGCAGUGUGAAGAGUGGGGUGGAUGACAGGAAACAGGCCUUAUUUACUUCCUUUCAGGAGAGGAGAGAGUGUGAACUAAAUUAGCCGACUGUAGCCGACUAGGAAAUGUGGAUUGUUAGGUUUGACUGCAAAUCUCCCACACCUGGGACCUUCUGCAUGCAAAACAGAUGUGUUACUUUCAUCUCCUAGAAGGUGCCUCAAGGUGUUCACCAUUUUUUCCCUUCACACCAAUUCAUCUAACCUAGCACUGUAUCUGCCAAAAUGGGGAAAAGGUGGGAGCCUGGACAAUUGCCGAACUUCCCAAGCCCAGUGUGACUUAGGCAGAAGACCUGUAAAAUCCAAAAGUAAUCAGGAACUCCAGGGGAGGAAAAAUUCCUCUGUGGCUGCAACCAAAAUUGGAAACCAGGGGAAAAAAUCCCUCACUGGGUCAAGGGUAGGUGGGUGGGUACUGGUCAAGACCCCACCGCAGAGGCUGCACUGGAUAAAACCAGUCCCAACCCGAGUCCUUCCCAUCAAAACAAAACCAGUCAUUUUGCAGUUAGUUCCAAGGUCAUCUCUGGAUGGUUGGCCGGGUGCAAACCAUGUUGCCCUCCCCCCUGCAAUUCUGAGGGUGGAGAAAUAGUGUGAUUUGAUCUGCAUGGAAUUCAUGUCACAGCAAACAAGGUUAUGGCAGCUAGCAAACAAAGUGUUUGUACUCUAAAGUGAGAGUGUGCAAUAAAGGGACAGUGUGAAUUUCUGAUCACGGGGGUGAUAUGAAUGAGUGCUUACAUGCAUCUGAACUCUCAUGUCAAUGCUGCAGUCUUGCUGGGAAGCAGCUACAGUCUUCAAACCAACCAGCUAUGUGAGUGGGAGGAGAUCGCUGAUUACCAUCAAUUAGAAACUCAGCAUAGAGAAUAGAAACUAGAAAGCUAGCAUUAAAACUACAUCCUCGGGCAUGCUGCUAAAUAUGAUGCCGUUCUUUUAGUAGCAGGCACUUAUAGAUAUAUUUAUCUUUUCGCUUUUGGGGGAGGGCAUGUAGGGAAGGAGUUAGAAAAUAUCUGAAGAUAUGUGCUUGGGGGGGAUAUCUUAUUACUGAGGGUCAAACUACAUGUGCUUGUCUUUUGUGUUCUGUAAAUAUAAGCCAAGGGAAAGCCUGAGUAGCCUUGCCACUGUGGAGGAUGGGGAAGAGAAAUGUAACUCUUCCACUCCCUGACACAACUCUGACCAUCUCAACAUGUCUGGUAGUGCUGGGGAGCAGGAGUCUAUGCCAUUGUGCAUGUCGUCACCAAUAACAUGGGGGAAAUGUAACCAUGCAGUUCUUGAAGUAAAGGUUUAAAUAGGAGAUUAAAAUUUGAGGUAGUUGUCUCAGAAGCAUGUGUGCAGAUGCUGUGAAGAAGGUAAAUUCCAUGUUAGGUAUUGUUCAGGAAGAGAUCAGAAAUGAAGCUGCUAAUAUUAUAAUGCCUACGACCUGGCCACACUUGGCAUGCUGUCUAAAGCUUUUGUCAUUUUUGUCAAAACGGAUACCGUGGAGCUGAAAAAGGCACAGAAAAAGGAAACUUAAAAUGAUCAGGAGCAACUCCCUGUAAUGAAAGGUUACAAUGUUUGUGGUUUUUCAGAUUAGAAACACACACACACACACUUAAGUGGGGAGAUGAUAGAGAUGCAUAAAAUUACACACAACGUGGACAGAGUGGGUAGGGUUACUAGAACCCAGAGUAAUCCAGUGAAGAUGGGAGAUUCACAACAAACGUGAGGGAAAAGGUACUCCUUCAUGUUCUAUGUAGUUGCACUGGUGAAGCCAGUGCCACAAGAUGGGAUGAUGGCCACCAACUUAGCUUAAAAGUAAAAUUAGACGAAUUCAUGGAAGAUAAGGCUAUCGAUGACUACUAAUCAUGAGAAUUAUAUGCAACCUCCAGGAUUAGUGGUGACAUUCCUCAGAAUAACAGUCUCCAAAGGGAAAAAAGGUAGUAGAUUGUUGUUGCAUUCAUGUCCUGCUAUUGGCCUUCCCAAUGACAUCUAGUUGGGAAUUUUGAUGCUGGACUUGGAUGGGUCUUUAUUCUAAUACAGGAGGGAUCACUUGUGCUUUUAUCUUCCUACAUGACUUCUAAGAGAAACUCCCAUUGGACACUUUCAUUGAAAUCAAAAUGGUAACUUCAAAUGUUAGUUUUUCCCCCCGUACCUGGCAGAGUGAUAUUUAAACUCCCCCCUCUAUAGACCCUACUGUUCAGGGCUGCUGAGACUUCCCUUGGCCUUCUGUUUAUGUAACACACAUCCUGAUUGCAUUCAGACAAAUAAUAUAUCUAAUUUAGCCCUGAAAGCUUAUCUCAUUCUGGUUUCUCAUACAUGUUCCAGAAUUGUUUUGUCAAAUAAUUAAUUCUUGGAUUUCCGCUUUAAAAAGAAAUAAAAAUCGGUUUACAGUAUAUCAAUGGAUUACUCUGCAGUCAUUAUGACAAGUUCACAAAUCUUAAAUAGUUUGCUUACAUCCAAGUAUCUUACCUUAUUUUUCUUUUUUCUGAUUGAUUAUAAAUCCUCUGAACAGGAACUGUAAUCAUUUCUUUGUUCUGGGCAACAUCUAGUACAGUCAGUGCUUGUUCAAAAGAAAACUUGCCUAUGAGAGGAAGCUAAAAUAAAGAUUCAGGUUGAGAGUAAUAGAUUUAAUCCUUGAAUUAAGGCACUUUAUACUCAUUGGUUUGCUUUCACAGUUUUUUGGUGUGUAGCUGGGAGAAAAACGAUCUAGCUUGAUCCCAAAAAUUGAUAAAGAAUUGGUUUAUUUCUACAUUCACCCCCUCCCCCACCCAUGCACUAAAUUACGUGUAUAUGGUCCAGAUGCUCAUUAUUCACACUUACAUGUUCUUUCUGUUGAGCAUAAUCCCCUGGAAACUAGUAACUUUUCCACUGUAGAUUUUGUAUUUUAUUAAAAAGUCAUGUUAUAAUGGAAAUGGACUGUUUAUGGAUUGUUCAAAACAAUUUAUCUGAAAAGAGCUACAUCCAACUCUUUGGUCUGUGAAAUUUCCAUUUGGUCUUUGAGAGCGGGGAGGAGGAGGUUGGAAAGCAAAAUAUAAAUGGAAAUUGCUCCAUUAGCUGUUUGGGGCUCCUUAACAUUUGUGAACUGUUGGUGCAGCAGAAUCCCUGUAGUUAAUCCAUUAUUUCAAUUAUGUUAAGCAUUGAAGUUAGACUUGUGAAGGAAGUUGGCAUUCAGACGGAAAGUACUGCAGAGCAUAACUGUAAAUGGUAGAAGGCUAAAGGCUGCCUAUGCAAAAGCAUAAAGCAAAACCACUAACACUUUCUACAAGCAUUCAUUGUUCUUAACAUAAAGAAGCUUUAAGUUGUUUUACACAUCUUGGGAGUUGAAUUACUUUAAUGAGAGGAAAGAGGGAUUCAUAAAUAGAUGAAGUACAUUCUUUUAAAUGACCACUUGAGACAUGUAGGAAUGGAGAAUAAUUUUUCUCAUCAAAUAAGCUGUUCUGUUCUUGUUAUUUAUUGUGUUUUUAGAUUUUGCUGGAAGCCGCCCAGAGUGUCUGUGGCAAACCAGUCAGAUUGGUGGCUUAUAAAUAAUAAAAUUGUUGUUGUUACAUUGGUCACAGGACAUAUGCCAGAAAACCUUUUUUCCAUAUUUCCAGUCAAAAUUACUGUAAGUUUGACACUUGCCCAUGAAACAUUAGCUCAUUGUGUAUAUUGCUGCAAGUGGAAUUUUGGUUUUGAUUCAUGUUUUAGUGAGAACAGUUGUCAUGAAGUAACAGAUCAAUUCUUGUUGCAAAACUGUUACAUGAAUCACAUUGAUUAUAUUUGUAGGGAAGAUCAAGCUGGUUAACGGAUAAAUGGUUUAAUGUUAAUUGGAGUUCAAAUAAUAUGAGCUAAAACACAAAUAUUAUGUAAAGAAGCUUACAAAUGUUACAUUUCUCACUAUGGAUUUACACACUGCAAACAGAAAAAUGCCAAAACAAACCAUACAAUUCAACUGAAUUAACUGCAUAACUCUCUAGAUGUGUUGUAUUGCCUCAGCAGCCCCGUGCUAAGGACAAAUCUAGGGGGGAAACCUACCCACAUGCUAUUUCUGCAUGUUUUGAACCCACUGUUAUUCACCAAGGGUAGGAAUCCAUAAAAACAACAUGAAGAACUGGUCCUUCUGCUUAGUUCUGUUGAUUUGAAGGCACUGAAUUUACAGUAGUUUCAAUGUUGGGUGUGCCCUGAUUUCCUAGCACGCACCCAGCUACAUUUCAUCUUUUUUGAACUAGCCAAUAAAUUUUACAUUGUGUGGCUAUGCAGUUUUCAAGUAUGUAGCAUACUGAGAGGGGAGACCUGUCAGGCAGUGCUGGAAAAAAUGGAUAUAACCUUGGUAUAAAGAAUAGGAAUAAAAUUGUAUUUCUACUCACACUGUUAGAGGAAGGUUGUUGUUUUUAAUGUAAGGUUGCAGUUUUAAUAUGACAAAAGCUGGGUGAUUAAUUUGCCAAGGAAAAAACAAUUUCACUUGUCUUCAGAAUAGAGAACAAAAUGUCACUGUUGUUGUCCUCCUAGUAGAACAAAUUGUGAGAUUAUUAACAUUCCAGUGUGCAACAGUGUCCCUAGUUAUGAUUUUUUCACACAACAAAUUAUUUAAUAGUAUCACUCAAUUCAGAAUACUCUUCUAAACAGGAGCUAAAUAUGCUUUUUUAAGUACAUUUUAUUCCACCUUUUAAAACAAAUGCUGGGGGAACAAGAUUUGUACAUCACAGCCAGUGUUGCAAAUUGAGAUAUGAAAGCUAAGGAGCUAAAUGGCACCUUAAACCUAGGUUAUGGGCACAACGGAAUGUCUAGGCGCACUUCUAGGCCUUCCCCUGCCCACCCCCCUAAUACUCUUAAGACGGUCUUUUCUCCAGUCUUCAGAGAGUAGCUGCAAGUGGGGAGGCAGAAAAAGGUCCUCAUUUCCUUCCACUCUGCAAUUUUAAUUUGAAAUCUUAGGCGCAGUACUGCACCCUGAGCUCAGAAACUGCUCACACUAAUGAAAUUCCCUCUCGCAAAAUGCACCUAGAAGUUUCAAACACUGAUUACAGUAUAAUUUGCUAAUCAAAGCCUGCUACUGAUCUUUUAAUCCCAACCCUUUCCAAACACCAAAGCUUUGCAUAAUAAGUUGCGGUUCUAGUAUGUUUAUUAUCUCAUUGACACAAAAGCAUCUAUAGCAAAUAGCAACCUUUUAACUACUUGUAUAUUGGUAAAAACAUAGCUUAGACUGAUACAGGAGAAAAACAAAUAAACAGGAAAAGAAGAUAUAUAAACAUUGAUCCAGAUGUAUAAGUGGCUAACUUGUGAAAUGGAAAUACAUAUUUUAUUUAAAUACAUAUUUUAUGUAACCAGCAAGUAUAUAAAUGACUGUUUAUAUAUUAAACAAAACACCUAGUCUCAGUAAGAGCUUGCUUUUUUCUUUUUCUUUUUUUGUAGACAGGGUUGGGGAUGGGCAACUGGGAGAGAUUGCCUGACAAGGUAGCAGGGAGGUCAAACUUGGGCCUUGGUAGCACUUUCAAAUCCAUUUUUGCCUUGAGAGUUGCAAGAGAUUCUCACUUUGAAAACUGAUGUCUGUAUCUUCCAAGCUUUAUGCAUGUGUAUGGAGUGGCUUCUGGGGGUCUUUUGCCCAGAUAAGAAAGUUCCAGUAUACAGUGGUACCUCGGGUUAAGAAUUUAAUUCGUUCUGGAGGUCUGUUAUUAACCUGAAACUGUUCUUAACCUGAGGUACCACCUUAGCUAAUGGGGCCUCCCGCUGCCGCACAAUUUCUGUUCUCAUCCUGAAGCAAAGUUCUUAACCCGAGGUACUAUUUAUGGGUUAGAUGAGUCUGUAACCUGAAGCAUCUGUAACCCGAGGUGCCACUGUAGUUCCUUAAGUUUUUUUAUAGCAUAAAUUAAUAUUUAUUUUUUGACUGAGAGGUUUUCAACCUUUUUGGGUCCACGGCUCCCUUGACCAACUACAUUCUUUCUGUGGCACCCCUGUGGGACUCAGUUAGGUCACCCCUUGCCUGCAGAGCUGGCAGCCUCUCACCCUUUUUUGAACACCCUCCCUUGUGAAGUAUUCCCUCAGCCUCCUCUCUUCUCCCCUCUCCUUAGGAGUCCUCUGGGCAACUGCAGCUGCCGCCCUUGGUCUCUAGCUUCCCCCCUGCCCCAGGUGUACUAUGUGCUGCUGCUUCUCAUUAAAGCAUAGCUUAUUUUUAAUGGCCAUUUAAUGAGAUUUGUGAACCAGGCCAAUAUAUUUUCCACAAUACACUGAAAUAUUGUGACUAAAUCUUUACUUUUAUUUCUCAUAGAUUACUGAAAUAUUGUUUCUACAUUUUGUAAGUAGCUUAUCCUUCUCCCACCUUAAAGCUAUCACAAACAGAAUAUCUUAACAUUUUGUUUUUGUUUGGUUUUUUUAACAGAUAAAGCACUGUGUUUCAUUCCAGUAAAUAUUGUUUUGUUAGCAGCUGUUAUGUUCCUUGGAGUGCUAUGAGAGCUGCUGUAGAGACCUCUGAAAUAUAGGGAAAGCAAACAGUUUCCGCUCAGCUUUUGUCAGUCUAGCAGUACUUUGUUUUAAACAUGGGAGCCAAUAAAGAGACAUUGGUCCAGUUCAUGCACAAUGCUCAAACAUGCAACAGCAUAAAUGAGUAAAUGUGGGUUCCCAAGGUGAAGUUUGCAUCUGCUGUGCUCCUCAUCUGCUGCUGAUGCUGCUGAAAACAAAUAUUGCUUACAGCUUGUGAUUUGUCUGGACAAGAAAAACCACAGCCUAGGUUCAGAUGUAUUACAGCUGUACCUCUUGUUACGUCAGUCUCCGGUUGCGUUUUUUCAGGAUACGAGUGCGGCAAACCCGAAAGUGUAUACUUCCAGGUUUCGCCACGCGUGCAUGCACAGAAGCGCUCUAUCGUGCUGUGUGCGCGCGCAGAAGUGGCAGUCUAGUUGUGGAGUUUUUGGGGUGCAAACAGCACCCUGGAAUGGAUCGAGUCCAUAACUAGAGGUACCACUGUACUGAGCCCAGCAUCAACAGGACUGGGUAAAUAAUGCAGCAGGUGUGAUCUUCACUUUUGGUGCCCAUUUGUGCACACUGAAUCAUGCUUAUGUGUGAACCAGGCCAGCGAGUCACCAAGUAAUUGGAAACUAUCAAACCUGAAUUCUUCUUUUCCUAUUCUUAACAGUCAAUGACAUCUUGAAUAAAAUUUGCGGAAAGCAUGUUGGUGGUUAAAUGUGUUUUAGGAUCCUUGCUAAGCACCACUUGCUUCCAAUGGGUGUAUCUGUACAGUAUAUGGUACACAAAUACUUAUGCAAAUAUCAGCUCAAGGACUAGAUGGGAAAUGCUGACUUCUCCCCCUAAAUGGUAGUCGAAUAAUCAUGUUGGCAAUGAUGAACAUUCGUUUACUAGGAAAAUGCUCACCACAGCAAAAAUAAAAAGCAUUUGAUCCACCUUACAAUCUCUUCCUCUUUAAAAUAAUAUUUCAUUUAUCUUCAGUUUUAUAGCCUGCUGUAAGAGCUUCCAUUUUCAAAGAAGGAUAUGUACCUUGGAAUGAAAGGGUUUAUAAUAGUUUGUUCCCUACUCAGUAGCAAGCAAAGCAUAUUAUCUGAGCAUGUCAGUUCAGGAAUAUGUACUAUAUUAAUUCAAGAUUUGUAACUGUUUAGAGAAUAUGAUUCAGGGAAAAAAAACCUUCAGUUUCAACUGUUUAAAAGGAUCUGAUUCAUACUCUAGAAACUGUGUCUUUCAUAUAUAUGUUUGGGAUAAAUAGAAAUAAUUAGUGGGGUGGGGAGCUAAACUCACAUAGUCAAAUACACAGCUAGGAGAUGUACUGGCAAUACCAAGAAGUGCCUCUGAAAGAUGAGCUGCCAAUGAGAAAGGCCUUUUCCUGGCUUUGUUUCUGACCCUCCCCAUCACCAGUACUGUUCUUCUAGAAAGAAAAGGUGCCAGUACUCACCAUGAAAUUGUUGUUACAACAAGUGCCAUACUUUUAGCCUUGAGUGCCCCCAGAAAAAGCACUGCCCAUCACUGAUACUGUCUUAAUUCAUGGCAGCAAGGGAUAAUAGGCCUCUGGCAAAGGUUAGAAUCAUAGAGCUGGAAGGGACCCUGAGGAUCAUCUAGUCCAAACCCCCUGCAAUGCAGGAAUAUGCAGCUGUCCCAUACAGGGAUCAAACCUGCAACCUUAGCGUUAUCAGCACCACGCUCCACCAACUGAGCUAUCCAAGGUUAUGUUAUUACUGCAAAAUGCAUGUUCUUCUCACUUCCAUUUUGCUUUGAAAUCUACUCCAUUCAUAACAUAGUCUGGAGUGAAACAAAAAGAAAGGGGAACUUUCUGCAAAGUGGAACUGGAAGUAUCUGGAAGGUGGCAUACCUGUGCCAAUGACUGGAAUGACCAAUGGAUGGGGUGGUGGUGGUCUGAAUAAUAAAGACUGGAAGAAUAACGCAAGAAAAUCUUUAAUAAAAACAUUUUUUAAAAAAAAUUAAAAAGACUGGAAGAAUUCAAGGCUGGACCUUCUCCAUUUAUUCACACCAGCCAUUGUGUGAGGUGGCAAAUGGUGGCAAGGAAUUUGUGGCAUCAUUGUGUAUCUCAUGGCUGGAUUUGCUUACAGUAAUCGGGGUGUAUUCCUCAGUUUAGGUUAUAACAUAAUAAGUGGUGCUUAUUUGAAAUUAUACACCAGUUAUUUAUGGUUAUGUUAAAAUACAACAUUAAAAUACGACAUUUUUAAUAAUAUAGCAAAUGAAACCCUUCUUUGCACUGACAAAAUAGUCUGCAAGAGUGUGCUGUGCAUUUAAAAAAAUGGUUUUAAGCUAAUUUAAGACAGAAGGGACACUUUGCAACAAAUCAUGUUGUAGUAUGGUUUCUGGAGAUCAAUUACUGAUACAGUGGAAAGAGCGCCACCUACUGAUUUGCCAGGAUGAGACAUUGACAAGCAAGUUUUUUGCAGAUCUCAUGUGGAAAUCUACCUGUGGAACAGAAUUGCUCUGUGAUUAAGAUUGACUUCAGUGUAAGGAAGUAGGAAAGGUUAUAUUUAUGUGGUUGCUAAUGCAGGACAGGUGAAGAGUGUUGCUAAAAGCAAUGGAGAAAUUAAAUAUAUAUAGAUAUACUGUAUAGAUAUAAUGGGGAUUACGAUUGUGAAUUCAUUUUUGUCUUUUAAUUGAGGAAACCAAGAUGUGUGUUUGCCCUACAAUCUCAUGCCAAAAUACUCAUCGGAUCUGAAAAUAUUUUUAUAAUAACACGCAUGUAAUUAAGAGAACAAGCGGACAGUAGGCAAUGAGGUACAAAUAAUUCCGAAUGAUUUAAGCCAGCAAAUGGGGGAAAGAAGAAAGACAGGAUAGAACCUGAUCUGAUUUGUGGGUUGGAGUAGUUCUUGUUUUUGUUUUGUUUUUAAAGACUGAAACUACUAGGUGGCAGGGGAAAGCACUAAUACCAGAUGCUUUUGUACUUCAUGCAUAUUUCACAAGUGAAAUACUGGACUUCUUAAUUAUGCAGGCAAAUAGAUCACAGAAGUUUAUCUGUGUGAAAGGUUUCCCAUGCACAUGAAUGAUGAUUCACAUAUUUUGAGGUUUAGAUCAUAGUUUCUGGCUGUAAUGCUUGUAGCUUGUACUAAGAAUGUGCAGACUGAAUGUCUUGUGAUAUGUUAGAAAAUGUAAGGAUGACCUCAUGUCUAUUUGUAAACAUCUAACAGACUUCUUUUUAGUUUAUCUUUUUCUUUUAUAUUGGACCACAGGCUUUCUAAAGCAGAGUUUUCUCUUAGUUCUGAAAUAUUUGUCAUCUAGUGUUGCUUUAAAAGAUGUAUAGCUAAUAUAUCAAAUUGGAAGCAUUUUAACUUUAAUGUUUAUAUUUAAGUAUGCAUGAUUUGCUUAUAAUUUUAUACUGUAUUUUUUAUUUAUUCUAUGAUAUGCUUUUAUGUAAGCCACCUUGAUUUCAAUUUGGGAGUUGGGUGAGAUAUUAGUAUUUUGAAUGAGAAGACUUAUAACAUUAAAAUCUUGAUACCAAGCCGUCUAGACAAAGUAGGGGUAGUGAUUUAUUUAAAGUAAGAUGAAGCAAACAAAUGAACAACAUUUGUGCUCUCAUUUAGUCCAGAGAAGAAUGAAACAUUCUACUGAUGACUUGUUUUGGCGCUUGUGUCAGCCUUAAACACAAUGACAGAACUGCAGGGAGCCAAACACAUGUUUGCUUUCUGUUAAUAUAUUUGUCAUUAGCUAAAUACUGGUGAGGCUUAAGUGUCUUAUCAAGAUGGACAGUGAUCUAGAGCAAUAAGUUUCCAACAGCAGGAUAAGAAAAAGGAAGAGAUUUAUGUAUGAUGUGUCAGCUAGAAAGGUUAAUUAUGGCCACUAGCCAAAGAUAUGUGGUUUGGUUCCAAAAAGUGUGCACUGUGAUCAGAAAAGCACUUCUGCUCAUCCAAGGAAGGGGCUCCUGCAGUUUUCAAAUCUUCCGGCCAUCUGCAGCCUCUCUUAUGCCAUAUCUCACACCAUUUCCCAAGGUCCUCAGACCUUAUAGAUCUGGUUUUGGGGGUACAGAAAGUGUGAAAACCUCUAUUCCAUGAGAAGAGCAAGACACUUAGUUCUUAGGAGCUGAGCCAAUAUGCACACAAUAACAUGAUGCAUUUUGCUUUUUGGUUUUAAAAAGCUAUAUGUGAACUAGAAUGUCUGGAUUCAGAUUUACUCUGAAUUGGAUUUAUUAUAAUUUUACUGGAAAGAAAGAAGCAUCUAAUCUUUUCCCUAUAAAUUUAGUCAACUCAGCAGAUGGGUAUCAGAACACAUCAGGAGUUGAUUUCAAGCAAGGUUUACUGAGUCCUUUCUUCAUCUUAUUUUCUCCACACGGCCCAAUUUCUAACUCUAGCCUUAACUUUUUUAUCUGUUUUUCCCCUGUGUAGGUUUACAAUUGUGCUAUGAGAAAUGGCUCCCUUCUUACGAAUAUCAUUCAACUCCUUUGAGCUAGGACCUAUGCCGAAUCAAGGAGAGCAACCACAGCCAUUCUGUGCAAUAAAAAUGAAAGAGGCCUUGACUACAGGUAAGAAGAUUGAUCAGUUGAAUUGAUUCCAUUUGUGGUCUGGAAUUCCUCACAUGUGGUCUGGCAGGACCAGAGUCUAAUUGUGUGCUUGUUUAUGAGAAAGGAAAUCUCACUGAGUCGGUAGCGAUGUACUCCAAAGUAAAUGUGUAUACAAUUACAACCUUAAGGUGUCAAAGGAUGCAGUUUCUAGUCUAAUGUAUGUGGCAUAGGCCAGUUUAAUCCCAAUGACAGGGAAAGAGUGAAGAAUAUGGCUAUUUGUGUACAGCAUCAUUUGGAUUUAAGUCAUCUGAUCAUAGGCAAUGUAUCAGGAAGAGAUGAUGAUGAUGAUGAUGAUGAUGAUGAUGAUGAUAAUAAUAAUAAUUUAUUAUUUAUACCCCACCCAUCUGGCUUGGCUUCCCCAGCCACUCUGGGCGGCUUCCAACAAAAUAUUAAAAUACCGUAAUACAUCAAACAUUAAAAGCUUCCCUAAACAGGACUGCCUUCAGAUGUCUUCUAAAAGUCUGGUAGUUAUUGUUCUCUUUGACAUGAAGGUUUUACAUGUUGAUACAGUACUUCCGUGUGAGUGUUGUGUUGUGUUGUGUGUAUGUGUGUUUUAUACUGAAAACUCUCAGCAUCUGGGAGGAAGGCUUUCCAACUAAAAAAAGAAAAAAAAUCACACCUUUGGCUAAAGAGGUCAGGGAAACAAGGUAUGCCUGCAUCUUAGGAAACAGUAUCUUUGAUGGCCUUUUAUCAGGAUAAGGAGGUUCCCUAGAGCUUUGAUGGAUAAACCCUGGCCCUGUGUGACUCCUUUCUUAGAAGGCUCAGGAGUAUUGCUGGCCUUCCUUGCUGAACUUUAGACCCUUAAAAAUAUUCUUGAGGCCUUUUCUUUUGCACUGCAUGAAAACCAAUUGUCUCCCAGGGCUUGGACUAAAAAUACUUACAUAAUAAGUGCUUUCUUUCCCUCUAACUUUAAGCUAAUGGCUGUUACUAUUAGAACUAGAAAAGCUUGUUCAUUUCCAUUCUAUUUGUUCCAUGGAUCCUUUUUGGAAAGAAAUGAAUGGACCCUUUUUUCUUUCUUUUUUUUGUUUCAUUUAUUAUGGAACAAAUGCAUAUCCAUACUGUGAAUGAAGAUUUAAAAGUAUUGCUCUGGUUUAUUUUGAAUACUUUUGGGUACACAAAUUGUUCAGCAAAAUGGAUAAACUGAAAAUCUUUAAUAUUUUAUCUGUUCAUAAGUAAUAUAUAUACACUUUUAUGUCAGUGUAAUCAUUGUGGGAAAGCAAGUUGAAGUUGAACAAAAAAAAAAAUCAUUUGACCUCUGUCUCAUAAUUAACAUUUUCUAAUUCUGGUCCAUGUACCAGUAAAAUCGGUACACCCAAACGUCACUCAAGUGAACAUUUUCUGGCCAAAUGUAAAAUGGGGAAAAUAUUUUCUUAGGCCCAGGCUGAUUACUGCAUAGUUGGAUUUCCUCCUUUUAGGCCAACACAGUCAAGCGUGUGUUAGAUCACCACGACAAAUGGGUAGAGUUCCUUUAAAAUCUUCAAGAAAAAAUGUAACAGAUGCUGGAGGGGAUACUAGAGCAGCAUUUAUCUUUAUCUGGAAAUUCAUGGGCUGCCGAUCUGCCUUUGAGGACAUUGUUAUAGAAGUUGCCACAACAAAAUUGCAGAAAGGGUGGAGGUUGGGAGCUCUGGGAUUCACUUUUCAUUAAUUGAAAACAUCUGCUCUGAGUAGCUGUUACUAGAAAGGAUCUCUGAGACCAGGUAAAAGCUUUUUGGCAGAAGCAGAGGAGAUAAAGCAGAAGUCUGCAGAAUGCAGAAUAUCCUCAGGUGGCUAUUUGUGAACAUUUGGCAAGCUAACAUCAGCCUGCUUGUCAAAUACCUAAUUUAUAAUGUUGGUUUUGGCAGUCCUUACCUAAUAAAGCCAAACUGAGGUGCUAUUCUUUACUACUGUUUGGACAGUCCAUCAUACUGAGAGACGUGCAUCAAACAAAACAGCUGUUGGAUAAACAUAAACUUAACUCUGAACUUAAAUCCUAUGUCAGAAUAUUAAGGAACCGAUCACUCUCCAUACAGUUUACAGAGAUUCGGCUAUUUAUCAUGGCUCAACUAACACAGUUGCCAAAAUUGGGCCUGGAUAUUAGGCCACAUUUGGAAAUCUGAGAAACUCUUGUGGGCACCACUAUAAAAUGGCUUCCAUUGGGCAUCUAUCUAGUCACAGAAAAGCUGCCCAAGGGAUCUUUGCUGUCAUGGAGGACAAAUAACUUUGCAAAAGACAGAGGGAGAGCAUGCCUAUAAGAGAGAAGUUGGCUCUGAAUCCCAACUUUCAAAACAGACAUUUCCCAUGCCCCAAUGCACAACCACAUAACCCAUUUCACAGAAGUAACACACAUCCACCCCACAAAGCAGCUAAACAAUUUUGGCAAUUCCCCAAAUCUGGAAAAGCUGUGGGGGCAUUGGGAAAAUCAGGGGAAAUCCACUCACCACCUUAAGGCACAAAAAAACAGGCAAACUCUACUGAAGAAGUCAAACAGGUGAGACCCACCCAUGUACCCCACAAAGCAACACACAUGUUGAAGGCAAAAUCCAUCAACACAUACAAGAGAAACAUCCCACAUGGGUCCCAGUGGCAUUCUGGGGAAGGGAAAGGGAAGAGGGUUGAUGUGGUUGGACGCCUGUACUUGGUUUUCCUAGGAGCUCAGUGCCAUCCAAAGCACAAUAAAGGAAAAUAAAUUUUUAAACAAUGAGAAGGGCCAGGGUUCUCCAUUGGGGCAAUGGGCUGGGGACCCUAGGGAUAAGGCAAUCUAAACAAUGACUAAAAUAAGACUUAUUCAAUGUUCAUUGGCUGUUAUUGCAGUUGAUGUGUUUGUAAAAAAUCCUUCUUUGUUAUCUUAACAUUGUUGAGAUUAUUUCCUGGCUAUAGUUCUAAUAAAAUUAAAAUCGUCUGUUGGUUGUGAUUGUGAAAUUUAGUGUUUUCCUGGCAGCUCUUCAUUUAUGCCUUUUCUGUGACAUUUCCAGAGAGAGGCAAAACCUUGAUUCAAAAGAAACCCACUAUGUACCCAGAGUGGAAAUCUUCAUUUGAUGCCCACAUUUAUGAGGGCCGCGUUAUUCAGAUUGUUCUCAUGAAAGCAGCAGAAGACCCAUUAUCUGAGGUGACUGUGGGUGUAUCUGUUUUGGCUGAAAGAUGUAAGAAAGGCAAUGGGAAAGCAGAAUUCUGGGUGAGUAUGACACCAUGUGAUUAAUUAUUUUCUACUGUGUUACCCUAGGUCUAUACAGCUUAGAACCAGAUCUCUAGAGGGCCACAUGCUCAUAGCAUAUGAAUUUUUCACUUGUUAAGAUUAUUCUCAGCAGAACUUCAUGUUCUCAAAAAAUGGGAAUGCUCCUUGUCUAGUUCCUUAGAAAAGGAACAUAAUGUGUGCUUCAACGUGCCUCAUGUCCUUGAUGUCAUUACUGUGUCUUAUUUCCACAACCUUGCUCUGUAUCCCUGACGGGGAUAGAGAAAAGAUUAGGCUAAUUUGUGAUAAACUGAUGGGCCUUGCAGUUGUGACGUGUGCCCUCAGGAUUUUAAUCUGUCGGAUGAAGUGCUGGUGAGCUAGUGGAUCUGAGGCUGAUAAUUUACCCCAAAGUGAAUUUGCCAUCAGUGGGUGGCGUUGUAACCUGGUAGUCCAUAAAUCUGGGCAAAGCUCAAAUGAUGUUCUGCUUAUUUAGAGAGGCUCUCAGUGGGAAACUGUGGGAAUCGGUGGUAUUUGGGUUAAUGCAAAUGAUGUGGAACUUCCAUACAGCCAGACAAUCCUUGUAUGGUUUUAUUGUUUACAUUCAGCUGACGAUAAAUGAAAUGUGGGGUGACUCCGUAAUAAUUAAGAAACUAACAGUAUCAACAUUGUUGUCAUUGUGAAAUAAAUGUGAGAGAGAAGGAAAGUAGUCUUCAACUGUGACUUGCCCCUCUGCAUUGAUAUUUUCAGAAUGUAGAACAAGAUGUUUGUAGGAAUUUUAGUGUAACUGGAAGGUAAUUUGUUGAUUUUGUUCUUCUUAGCUUGACUUGCAACCUCAAGGGAAAGUAUUGAUGGCUGUACAAUAUUUUCUUGAAGAUGGAGGUAAGGAAAUGGGUGAAUAUUAAUAUUAUUCUUCAAUAUGAUGAUGGUGAUGAUGAUGAUGCAAUAUAUAGUAAACAUUAACUUUAAAUUGGAUGACGUUAGCUUGGAUCCAGAGAUGUGAGAAUGGAAGGUGACUUCCCUGUUCCUCCUUCAGCAGCCUUCUAAGUCCCCUGAAGAGCCUCUUGGGAUAGCCUAUGGAAUGGAGUGAGUUGUGGCAUGGGAGCUGAGGAUGGGGAAAUCUUCCCAGAUGGAAUGGGAGGUUCCCCAACCCUCAGAAAAAGUUUGGGGGCAUCUCAGAGGGCUGCCAGGGGAAGAGUGUGAGCUUCUUUGCCUCACCCAAGUCAGACAUGUGUGAGAAGAGGUUCUGUGUACAUACUCACAUGAGCAUUCCUCCAUGCAAGGGGGAAUAUCCAAAGGGCCAUAGCUUAGUGGUAGAGCAUUUGCUUUUCAUGCAGAGGGUCCCAAAUUCAGUCCUCAACAUCUCCAAGUUGGGCUGGCAAUGUGUGAAAACCUGGAGAGCUGCUGCCAGUCAUUGUAGAGAAACCUGAGCUAGGUGGAUUGAUGAUGUAAGUCAAUAUAAAGUACUUUUCAAGGUUGCACAUAAAUGAGCGUAGAUGCCCUUCUGAUGUGUGCAUGGACAUUGAUGGAUGGGUGACUGGCCAUGGGAUGUGGUGAGAGGCCAGCUGAUAGGGACUCUUAACCACCUUAUGCGCCCUUUUAUGUGUUGUGGUCAUCUGGACACAAACUCAGAAGCUUCUGCUUCAUAAGCGUUGCUGAAAAUUCAUUUUCUAUAUCACAGGUGUUCCUCAGCCUGUUAUCAAAGUGUUCUUAUUAUCCGAAAGUGCACUGGCAGACACUUUGCUUCAGCAAAAGAAGUCACUUGGAUCCUCUGCCACCCUCAAGAGGUUGCACAGGGUAUGAACAUUUCUACCACUGUUCUUCCUUUUUAGCCCAUCAUGGUUGCUCAAGGAGUUACAAAAUCCAAUGAUUUCCUUGGGCCUGGCAGGACUGGAACAACAUUGGUUGAUACAUUUGCAUACUAUGCCCAGUUUAAAUAAACCAGUGUUUUGCUUCCAGGGAAAAGGUAUUGCAUCAGCACUGAAAGCUCACUAGUUUGGUGAAUUUUCACUGGGUAAACUACCAAAAGCACAUCUUGUCAGUCACCUGAGGUACCAUGAUCUCCCGUGAAGUGUAUUCUUUUGCCCAUUUGAUUGCAAACGACAUGGACAAAGAAAUUCUCAAGUGUGGGAGUCAUAAAGCCACGGCAAAGGCUUGUAAUAUUGCAGGGUGCCCCCUGACCUCGGCUGACCAGCACUCUGAGCUUUACAAUGUAUUGGAAUGUAUUGACCUUAAAUGGAGUUGUGUUUCCUCUGGGCAGUGAUGACCCUAUAUGGUGAUGGGGGCAAUAAAAGCCUUGACCGGAUGAGGUAACGUGAGACAUUGGCAAACGGCCAUGCGGCUGGAGAGAGACAAAGGAUAAUAAAGAAGCAACAGGAGGAGAGGGAAGUUGGAAAGGAGCUGCUCAUACCAUCCUGAAAAUAUUGCUGGCUCUCUGUGUCUUUAUUUUAUGCUAAACUGCGCCAUUUGUAACGGCUGGCUCCGACACUCAAGGGGUUGCAGGCACCAUGAAUCAUUGCCUGUAAAGCCUGCUCCCAUUGCCUGCAUGGUUUGAUUUCUGACUAUGCAGGCAAAGCCUUGGGGGAUUGCAAGCAAUGAUGGUCAUAUGGUUGGCAUAUGGACUGCAAGAGGCCACAUCUUUACUUGCCCCUAUGUGUGGGCAUGUCUUGGGAGAAACUACCUUGUGUGCCUAAUUAGGACCUUUGCUGGGUCCACAAGCCAGAGGUUCCUCGCUGAUGAAUUAAUCAGUUAAAUGUUGUAGCCUUAGUUUUCAAAUGUGGGGGUAAAUUAAGAAAAGGAACGUGUAAGCAGAAAAAUAUUCUCAUAUAUAGUACUUGUAAUUUAUUAUGCAAGUUUAUGGCAAGAAAUUUUACAAUACAUCUGGUCUAGGAGCUCCCUGCACAUAUCUCCAAUGCACACAUGGCACUCUUACAUGCUAAGGAUCUUCACCUAUUCAGUGGUAUAGGCAGCUUGCUGCACACAUUUCAUUAAAAAAAAUUAAGACAUUUAUUCAAAAGUUAUAGUACAAUUACUAUACAAUACAUUUUCAAUCAAUAUAUCCCUCCACAGACAGCUCUGUGAUGAUGGUGGCAUUAAAAUAUUCUGUUCCUCUUCAAUAAAAGAGAAAAAGAAAGACCAGAUUGUCUCAAAGCUAUCUUUUUUGGAGAUGCCUUUGAUUAGUUGCUGAUGGUAUGUGAGGCAUUCUGAUAGAGCAAUGAUCCAGAUGUUAUUAACCCAAGCCUCUAUUGGUAUAUGAGAAGUUUCCUUCCAUAGUUUCAUGAUGUACAGAGCAAAUUGCUUGUCAUUGAACUAAAAUGGCAUGUUUCCAAACUGAUGUGCCCUAGAUUCAAUUCUCUUCUCCAUAUGAGAGCAGAAAGAAUAUUCCAUCAUUCCUGGAAUUGAGGGGUAGAAGGUGGUUGAAUGCUAGACUUGGGGUCCCACAAAUGAGUCUUCUCCCCUCCCCCCCUCCAUAUAAAAAUGAUGCUUAUAAGAAGUAGAACUGGUUGCCAAUUUCUUUGUUUAUUUUAAUGAAGUUACUGACCUUAUCCAGUCACAGAACUUAGCACCUCAGUGGUUGGUUUACUUUCAUACUGAGUGUCUCACUCUCUGUGUUAAGCAGCUUUGGAGGCAGCAAGAAUAGCUUUCUCUUUCUGGAAUUAUGCCGCGGACUUCAGCAAUAAAACGGAAGGGUUUGUCAAUUGCUUUCUUUGAAAAAUAGGUAGUUUCAGUAGGGAACAAAGUAUUUUAGCAUUUUCAGUGGGUGGGGAAGAUUAUAUGGAUUCUCGAAUGCUCAUUAACUGCAGGUUAAUGCAGGAAAGAGUUAUCUGAAAAGUGUUGCCUAUUUCUGUGUGAUUUAUAGAUUGUAUUAAUACGUAUGCAUGUUUUCCAUAGCUAAAUUUCUUUUUAAUGGACCCACAGUAAAUGGCAAUAACUGGCAAUAUUUCCAUCUGAUAAAACUCUUAAUGGGAAUUGUAGCUUUCUUGCACUGUUCAUUCACUACCCCCAUUCAUUUCAAUGGAAACUGUGCCAGAGGUCUGAGCAAAGGUUUUUCCUUUGUUUGGUAAGAUGUGAAAGUUUGGUGGCAUGUUGUAAUAUUUAUAGGCUUUGACAGCUUUCCACAAUUUUUUCAUGCUAGUUGCUAUCACUUGAACUGCUGUACAUGGCAGAAUUCCCUAAAUAGUGUGUAAGAAGUGUAGAUUUCCAUUUUUUAAAAGAUUUUGCUAGAAGUUGCCCACAUCUUCAUGGCUUCAUAAAAAUAGAAUGCAGGGAGGAUGAGGGGUAGGGUAAAAGGGGUAAUUUUUCCUUCCACUUUGUUCCAGAUGCCUCCUAAAUAUAGAGGACAACUUCUGCUAGGCAUGUCACUUAGUGGAUCAGGGAUUAUGUUUGUGAAUUGCAUCCAAAUGCAGAUCUGAAUGUGCAUCCCAUUGAAAACAAUGUAGUGUUUACAGACUACCUGUGCACGUUUUGGUGCAUUUGUAUGAACAUCUGACACAGUGAGUGACUAUGCAUGGAGAUGCAUAAUUCUGAGCACGGAUCUCCUUUCCUGGAUUAGUCCAUAGUACUGGCGACAGAUUCCAUAGCCUACCUGGGCUUCAGAAUGCCUAUAAGGGUGGGGGAUUCUGUGCAUGUCCUCCAAUACCAUUCUUCCCUUGUGAUCCUUUAAAUGGCAAUGGGGAAUUAUUGAGGCCAAGCUCCCAGACUGAAGGGGAGCAAGCACCAAGCCACUUUAUUCACUUCAGCCAAUCUCCCAUUUCUGACUGGAUGAAAGCUGAUCCCUCAAUUAUAGGGGAAAGAGGUUACAGUCCCUGCUCUUGCCAGCCUUUGGGAAGCUCGGGAUUAUCUUUUUUCCUGCAUCCCUCAGGAAUCCAUCUCCCCAAGUAUGCAGGAAUCUGCUCCUACCCUCUUCCUAGAACUGCAUUAUGCAGACCUUUUUGGUGCCUUGCAUACAUACAUAACACUACACCAUUGUUUAAUGCUAGAUGAGCUGCCACUUUCCCUUUCAUCCUCCCUCAUGACCAGCAGCCAGUGAAGGAAGGUAUAUUUCCUGCAUUGCAGGGGGUUGCACUCGAUGACCCAACUGUACAGUUCUAUGAUUCAUCUGGUUACCAACCAGAUGAAUUGACUGGUUGCUUCAAAAACAGUUCUCUUUCUAAUUCUAGUAAUUUAUUUUUAAAUAGAGCAUCAUUUUUGCAUAUAUAUUGUUAAAUAUCAUUGGCAUUUCAGAAGCAUUUUAUAAGUUUCAAACGUUACGAGCCACAUACAAAAUCUAAUUUUGACUAGUAGCUGCAGUUCCUCCUGUUACUUCCUUCCUUUGCAACAGAGCUCUCUGUCACUUCUUCUUUCCCUGACACCCUUACUUUUCCUACUUCUGCUCUGUGUUGAUGUUCUUUUUCAGAUGUACCUUUUAUACACUUGAUGCAUACAUUCGUAAAUGAGUAAAAGAAAAACUUAGGGAAGCAGUUUCCUUCCUUUCAGCAUACAGAAGAGAUCCCUACUGGCAUUCAGCUCUCAUUCCCUGAUCUUCAGGCAGGCUUGCUGCAAAGCAUUCAGCCAUUCCACCUAAUCCAGGGCCCUUCCGCUCCUCCUUAAUCAGCUGCUGGUCUUCUCUUCUACAAGACUCCAGCCCACAUCACUCUUUAUGCUCUGAAUUGUAACAGCUUGGGGGAAGAGCCUGAAGAAAGCACUGGAUAUAAGGGAGGCAGAGGGGGACUUGGGGCUCACAGGAAUUGCUAGGAGUGUUGCAGUGAAUUUGUUACAGUGGAAGCACACCUUCGAGCACCAGGAUUGUUCCAAAAAAUGUGUCACCAGAGCAGAUAAUUUUGUAAUUCCUGGACUGCAAUGGAGAAAUGAAACAGCUUGGACUUUUAUCUUGGUCCUAAACGCAUUUGCUAGAUUUAAGUGGAGCAUGUAUUUAUUGAGAUCAGUUUGAGAUACAAAAACUAAGGAAACAUUGGAAUAAUUUUCCAGACUUGCAAAUGUACUGGUUAGUAUCUUGCUCCUGUCUUCCAGGCCUCAAAGUUCACAGAAACUAGCUGUUGUUCCAUUCACUUUGUGAAAGACAGAGUGCUAAAGCUGAGUAAGCCAUAGAGAAAAUGGUGUCUAUGUACUGAUACUCUUUUAACGGGAAACUCAUCAAACUCAGGUUGUCUCUAGCUUUCCAUUGCACAAGAGGAAACAGCACUUCUGUCGGAAGAUUGAAAAGGUCAGAAAGGGGAUUUCCCCUUGUCUUUGAGACACAUCCACAAUUUAACUGUUUCUCCCCUAUUGCUAAAGGAACACAUUACACACAGCAAAACCAGAUUAGUUUGGCACUUUGCUGUACAUGUUUUGUGCAUGUGGGGAUAAUAAGGAGUAGGGAGAUGUGGGAGAGAAAGGAUAGCAGACCAAGCAGAGGGAAGCCGGGGCAAAUUUUGCAUGUUGAGUCAGUGCAUUUGCCAAGUCCUUCAAUAUUUGCUUAAAAUAAAACUGCAGGGGAACAAAACACUUUUAAAAAAACUACUACUCUUGUGUAUUUACAGAGAAAUGAUUUCCUAAUUCCAUCAGUUUGAACUAAUACAACCAGAAGCAGCAUCAUCAUGCUUAUGAAAACACACACACCCUUCUUUUAAUAUACUAGUGCCAGGCACUGUGGUGUCAUUACUUCCCCUACACUGAGAGUAAGUUGUUUUGGAUCCACGCAUCAAUCUUCAUAUUCUUGCCUAACUACAAACACCUUGCACAAGGAAACAGAAAUUGUGCCCAAACUCUUGGUUGUAUUUUCAAGUGAUUUUAGCUCACAUUUCCAUCACCUUUAUUUUCUCCUCCUCUGUCUUCCACAGACUUUCUGCAUCGGGGGUGGAGAACUUUUUUCAGCCCAAAGGUCAUAGAAACUGGUGGGGAAUCUUUUGUAUGCCUGUGUUGGGUGGGACCAGAAGCAGAAGUGGGCAGCAGAGCAAUGGCUGUGAUUCUUAUCUGUAUGCAGUAAGCAACAUUCCAGCCAUGUGCAGAAAUCAAGACUUUCUGCACACGUGAAUAUAUCUAUACACAUUUUUCUAUUGUUUACACAGGCAAGCAAGAAGCAUAAGUCAAUACCACAAUGCCACCAGGCAAAAGCAGGCAAAGUAUGUGUCGGCUAGAGAGAGUCUCAAGCUGAAUAGUGGGUCGGGCAGGGUGCAGGUUCCCUAAGCCUGCCCUAAAUAAAAUCAUUUGAUUUUCCUUUGUUUACUGAAAGGGCAUUUCUAUAGCAGAAUAAAAGAAAAAUGAUGUAUUCAUUAAUCUAAUUCCAGCCUUUUAAAGGUAUAGUUUCACAGUAGUUUGGUUCCGGAAGUUGGCCAACAAAUAUUGUGUACCUUUUUGCUCCUGGUAAUAUUUGGAAUUGUAAACUGUCUUGGGUGCCUUGGCGGAACAGGGGAAAAAUGCAAAUGGGGUGUAUGUGUUCAGAUCAUUAAGUUUUAGUGGUCAGCAUGGAAAUAGGGGAAAGGUUGGGGUUUUGUGCCUUUCGCCCCAGCACUGUAGUUGUGGCUAGAGUGCCUGCUAUCAGAUAUAGAAUUUGCAUAUUGCUGAGUUUUCCUAACAUGCUCCAUAUCUUCAGUACAUUUUAAUUUUUAUAUUACUGCAGCAGCACUUGACAGAAGACAGUCGAAGGAGAGGAACAAGCAUGUGCUCUUCUUUUUUUAGUGAUAGUGUUUUAUCACUAAGUUAAAAUGUACCUGUUAAACUAAAUAAUGAAACAAUUAUUCCUUUUAUAAAUACAAGUUUCACUGUUUCAUUUCUUUGCUUCCAGACAGCAAGCAAUCAAUGAGAGAAGAUGAAGGAACUGUGACUAUGAACAGGAGAGGAGCAAUCAAACAGGCCAAGAUCCACUACAUCAAAAACCAUGAGUUCAUUGCCACCUUCUUUGGGCAACCUACAUUUUGCUCUGUCUGUAAAGAUUUUGUGUGGUGAGAGCUAUUGUCUGUUUUAUUUAUCUAUAUGUUGCACACAGCUACAGCUAGAGCAAGAACUGACGGAUUCAGUUUUACCAUUUCCUUCUGUUAGCUUGACUUCUACUCUAGCAUUAGUUUUCCAUAGAGUGACUGCCUGUAGGAAACCCUGAAGAUUAUUUUUUUCUGACCUGAAAAUGAGCUUUUUAAACAGUUUACAAGGAUGGCUUAAGUGGGCUUCUUUAACCAAGAGCCUUCAAAACCACGUCAAAACAGCAACAACCCCUGCAUCAACCACUGAUGGAUUUCAUCAACAACUUUCCCCAACCUUGUACCUUCCAAAUGCUUUGGACGGCAACUUCCACCCAAAACAUCCAGAGGGCACCUGUUUGGGGAACGUCCAAUCAGAACCACAGUUUAUUUAUUUGACAAAUUCAUACACUGCUUCUCAUCAUGAAGUCAUCAGAGUGGUAUACAAGAUGCACAAACAAGAAAAGCAUCUCUACAAAAUCUAGAAAUCAAAUCCAAUCACUUCUGCUGAUGUGCAGUUAAUAUUUCAUACGGUGUUCUGAAAGUUUGUGGCAGCUGACUUCUUCAGCUUGACUGUUCUCUCUCAUCCACUUGGGUACAGCCUCCAUUUUCUAAGACAGCUUCUCCCAUCUGGGACCACUUUGAAAUGCAUAGCUAGGUAUUAACAGCAGGUUGAUGUUUCCCUACUUCAAAAGUGUAUUGUGACUUCUCUAGGGAAAGAAAGAUUCAAAUGUUUCAGUGGGAUCAGCCGCAUAUUCUUAAUAAGACCUUGGGCUAAUAAAACAACUUGUGUGUCUGAAUAUAUUACGUUUUAUAAGUUUUGCUUGUGACUAAACCUUCCCCUCAUUUCCUUUACAGGGGCCUAAACAAGCAGGGAUAUAAAUGUAGACGUAAGUUAAUUGCAUUGUCUUUUAUUCUUGGGUGGUAAUAGCCGGUGAGAAACUUUAGUAGAUGUAGUACAAGUUGCUGAUAAUCACUAUAGGUAACCUAUUCUUUUAGAUGCCAGGUAAAACACUGCUUUUUCUGUCAGGCUUUUAGAGGCUGAUCAUUUAUGUCAUUUUUAUAAUGCUGUUAUAUGGUUUAUGAGAGUUAUUUUAAUGUUUCUGUUUAUCUUGUUACCCUAUGUUUGUAAACAACCCUGUGACCAUUUUGGGUGAAGGGUGCUAUAGAAGUAGCUGAAUAAAUAAGAUUAAAUAGCAGCAGUUCCUAAUUAUUCAUUUUUGUUUUAACAUUUAAACACCUGCUGAAAACAUUUCUAUGCUAACAGGCUUAUGCAGGCAAUUAAGAAAACUUAGUUGAUGCUGGUUUUAAAUUUUAUGUAGUUUUUUUAAUUAUAUCAAGAUGUCAUUGUUGUAAACUACUUUGAUUUUUUAUGAUAUAGUGGUAUGAAUAUAUUUUUUAAUAAAUAAAUAUUACGCUUGUCUAGGGCUACCAUUUUCCAGAUAACAAAAGGGCCUUUUAUUUUUUUUGUCACAGAAAAACAAGAAGGCAUCUUGUUAUACCUUAAAAUGCUAACAGAUAUAUUUAAAAUUCAACCCUAAUAGUAAAAGCUUUCCAAUGUAUCAUUUCUACUGAUGUAUAUAAAGUUGUAACUAUCAUACAACUGAUAAAUGAAAAUCAGAGAAAAUAACAUUUUUGUGUAGAGUACUUUAUAUAUAUCUCCCUCCAUGAAACUUAGCUGCCUGUAUCUUUCUAUUCCUGUUGCUCUUCUGAAGAAUGUAAUGCUGCUAUUCACAAAAAAUGCAUUGAUAAAAUCAUUGGGAGAUGUACUGGUACUGCAGCAAACAGCAGAGAUACAAUGGUAAGUAAUAAAACAUUUUAUAUGUUCAUUAACUGCAAUAUGUAUUGUGUGUACAAAAAAAAAGACAUGCAGCGGUAAAGAAAACCAGAUAUGUGCUUUUCACAUAUUAUGUAAAUUUGGCAUGCUUUGCCUAUCAUUUUGUUUCUUAAGAAUCAAGUUAUCAGAGAUCUUGAACGUGAUUUGUUUUUUGCAAGUGGGAAGGCAAGAAAAGACAGCAUGUGGGUCUGAGCAGCUAAGCAAAUUGCUGUUCAGUUUAAAGUUUUGUCUUUUGGUCCAGGUCCUGCAGUUCAGCAGAAGUUAUCCAAAAGGCCCCAGAGAAUUUUUUUAAAGUCUUUAAGGAACUGUGCAAUCUUGUUCCCUUACCCUGGGAGAAAGGGAUUUGUGCAAUCACUACCCUAAGUCUGUCUGGCCAAGCACAAAGAAGUUCCUGAGUUUAAAGAGACAAAAAACAUAUGCUUCCUUGUUUUGCAUCAUUUGUCAGAAUAAAGGCAUUCUUCUUGACUUGCUCAAAAACUCCUCUAUUCAUUGGCUCCCCUGUCAUUUCCCACAUGUAUUGAUGUUUUCCUAGUUUUUGUGGCUGUAGAUAUAUCUGCUCUAAAGAAAUGCAAUGUGUGUGAAUGAGUAGACAGGAUACUGUGCUUCAGAUUUGCCAUUUCAGGCACAAAGAAGCACAGUAUACACCCAACACUGUCCAUGGCGACUUUUUCUUGGACAUUUUAGAAUACGUUUUUAUUUAGGAUUCUUGUGGGCAGUGUCUCUAAUAUGUUAAAUUUUAUGAAUUAAUUUUUUCCCCCAUUCAACUUAUUGCUUGUGUCAACCUUCUGGCUACAUGAUCGGAUAAAUAAUGGAUUUCUCGUUCCCUCUACUUGAAAAUCUUGUGUGAGAGAAAUCUCCAAAUACUUGUUUUACUUCCCCCCCCUAAUAUAAACGUGUCUUCAGUUUCAGAAGGAGCGCUUCCACAUCGAUAUGCCUCACAGGUUCAAAGUUUACAACUACAUGAGUCCUACCUUCUGUGAUCAUUGUGGUAGUCUUCUCUGGGGACUUGUUAAGCAAGGAUUAAAAUGUGAAGGUACAGUCUGUUUCUUUUGGCCAUUACAAGCCUUGGGCAAAAUAGCUGUGCUAGGGGGAAUUUUGAAGAGGGAAGGGAUCAGUUCUGUGAUUACAGUAGCACCUUGGCUAACGUAAACUUCGGGUUGCAAAAGCAGCAAACCCGGAAGUGUUUUGCCACGCGCGUUUGCGCAGAAGCGGUUUACCGCUUUUCCUCCGGUUGCGAAAACCUCAGGAUCUGGCCGGACCUCUGGAACGGAUCCCGUUCACAACCGGAGGUACCACUGUAUAUGCUUGUACUGUAUGUAAGAGUUAAACAGAAAAGUAUGCGCAUGGUUUGUGUUUUCUAAAGGUUUUUUUUUAUAAAAACAACAACUUGACAACCUUCAACUGUGUUCACAAGUGAAAAGAAAUUGAUGAUCUCCAAACCAAACGCUGUUCUUGUUGGGGGUUUUUCAUGCAUAUAGUAAUGUUUGCUUCUUUUAAUCCUGAGAGUAAAAAUGGGGGAAAGGCAAACACAGAUCUCAGUUCGGUUAAAGGACCCAGUGAGCAAACUGAUCACUGUAAAAAUGGUAGAUUCAUCAAUUGUGCUUAUAAAUUGCAUUAUGCUGAUGCUGUUCAUAACUGUAUUUCUUCAGAAUGUGGAAUGAAUGUGCACCACAAAUGUCAGAAGAAAGUGGCAAAUCUCUGUGGAAUCAAUCAGAAAUUAUUGGCAGAAGCUUUAACUCAAGUUAGUCAGGUAUGCUGCUUAGUCCUUUUCCUCAUAUCAUAUUUUAUGAUCUAAUCGUCAAUACAAAUGAUAAUUUUCAAGUGAUAAAUUCCGUAUCAUAUGUAUAACCACUUAGCAACAUUGACAUCCAGUUUACCCUGUUAAGUGAUGGGGAUAUUACCACCCCCUUGCUUACUUGGAUUUCAGAUGAAGUGCAGAAUUGUGGUAAGAUUUUCCUCAAUAUUUAGCAAGAGGUUCAGAUGAACAGCUAAAGUCCUUACAAAUGCCCCUUUGCCAAUUGGCACUUGUGUAAAUGUGCAUCUGUGGUCACUUUGUGGCUGCGUUCGGACAUCUGAUGGAUCAGGGACAAACCCUGUGUUACACAUUCAGUGGAGGAGCUUCAUGCUCCGGCACCGGGGGGGGCAGAGAGCAGGUGGGGGCAUGGCUGGUGUGUGUCCCAGGGGCGUGGUGUGCCACCUGCAGGGGGCGUAGCACCCAGUGCAGGCGGGGGCAGCUGCAAUGGCACCACACCGGGAUCGCGCUGCCAGGGGUGGUAUGCUCCCCCUACCCCUCCUUCCUCCACCAGUGUACACAUUAUCUCCUGUUCCUCUUCCCUCAAACUAAGUAGAACAUUUUCUGGUUUAAUCAAGUCACAGUCUGCCAUUUAAUGCAAAGCAACAAAAUGGUGUAAGCAGAUCUUCCAGACUAGGGUUGCAACAUAGGGAAAUCACGCAGGCACAGAGCUGAUUCACAGUCCUACAAACUGAUUUGGAAAACUGGAAACGUGACAACUGAACACAGCCCCUGUCUCUAGAAAUGCAGAUUUAUUGACAUUCAAGUCAAAUGUUCGAAUGUUUAAAGUAAGAAUCUGCAGUCCAUUUCCAGUUUUCAUAGUUGAAGAUGGGGUUGUGGGAGAAGCUUUUGGUGACAAGAGACACUGUUUCACAAACUGUCAGAUUUAGCAGCUUGGUAACCAUGAAUUCCUAAUGUGACAACUGUGUCCACAAGCAUCAUAUGCAGAAUACAUAAGUUUGCCACUUUGCAUGUAAUUUGCAUACACAAAAAGACUCGGUGUAAGAAUUCAUGUACACACUUGUGGCGCAUGCAUGUUUCACACCAUCAGGUGCCCAUUCUCUGUAUUUGUGUCCCCACAGUUUGCAGAAAUGGUUUGCAGAAACUGGUCAUGUGCAAUCUGUUCUGGUAAAAUAAGACAACAAACCCAGUGGAAAAUUAAAAUCCUCCAUUCUUCUUCUUCUACACAUACUAAUAUUACAUAAGAAAAUGCCUUACAUCAUGCCAAACAAUGUACUAAUAUUUAGCCUGGCUAUUUUAGUGAAAAGCAAUCAUUUCUUAAUUUAAGCAUAAAGUAAUUCUGAAUAUUCAUUGUUUCUUUUCAGAAAUCUUCCAGAAAAUCUGAUUCUGGGUCAGUAGAAAGUGUCGGAAUUUACCAAGAUUUUGAUAAAAAACCUAAAUCCUUGAGUGGCGAUACAACAGGUGAAAAACAUUUUUUCUUUAUUGUGUAUGCAUAAUUCUAACAGUUAACAUGUAAAUUUAAAACUUGUCAAUACCCAUAUAGUACAAACAAUAUUUUGUCACUUGGUUUGAUGGUUUAUUCUUAAAGUAGUUAUGCAAAGACAUGGACAACAAGUAAUGAUAUGCACAACACUUCUUCACAUGUAACUACAGCAUCCUACCUUGUAGCUGAGAGCCUUAAUUCGUAGACAAAGAUUGUGGAGCGCUCUCAACUUAAUUCAACUAUAAUUCAAUCUGACUAUAACUUUUGUUGGUGGGGGAGAGUUUUUCAGAAUCUCCUUGCCUAUGAAAUCACCUUUGGCUUGGUACCGAAAUGACCAGCUUGCCACCUGAGACAACUGCCUCACCCGAGCCUCAUGAGCAGGCUAGCCUUGGCAGCUAGUCUUCGUUUAUGGACUGUUUUCCUAGGAAAGGUGAACUGUCGCAAGCUGAUGUCAUUUUUUGGCACCAGGCAAAAGUAUUCGUUUUAUUUGUAGAUGGAUUUCAGCAUGUAGUGUAACAUGGUUUGCUAUUAUUAAUGGCUUUAACUUUUCUGCCAGAUCCUUUCUUUAUAUUUUUAUUGUUUGUAUACUUUUAUUUUAUGCCUUAAGGGUGGCAUAACAAUUAUGUAAAUAAAAUCUGCCCCCUUCCAUGCCCCUGUAAGCAGUGUAGGCAGAAAUGUAACAGCUUCCCUAAACUUCAGUUAUUAAAGCCUCUAGUUAAGAACCCAGUCAAGAACUGUGUGUGUCUGAGGCAGCUCUGAUGUUUUGAAUUCGUUUUGAAUUCAUGCCUGCAUGGAAUUUGACCUUAUAAUUCCAUGCAUACAUGCACAUGCAUGACAGCAUACAUUCCCUCCGUCCUUCACUCUAGUGACAGGAGCAGAUUUAUGGAAUGGUCCAUGUGGUACAUCAACACUUCAUAGAGCCAUAGAAUAGCAUGCCAUUUAGGGAGAAGAGAGAGAAGCUUCCGGGUCCUAACAGAAAAAUUUGCAUUUUGCUUUUUACAGAUAAUAGUGAGUAUGAUAAGCUUUGGGAGGGACGUUCACUGUCACGACCAUCUGGUAGGAGGAAAUUCAACAUAGACAGUUUUGUAUUCCACAAAGUUCUUGGGAAAGGAAGCUUUGGAAAGGUAGGUAACUGGUAGGGCAUGCUUUUCUUUGCAUGUAUAAACAACUACCAAACUGCUGGUUGUAUGUUGCUAGAAUGCCUUAUAUGGUGUGGGAGAGAGAGAGAGAAAGUGAUCCAUGUGAUUCUUCAGGCCACCAGCAAAGUGGGACCGGGGGGCUAAGACUCAAGGCAACAGGUGCCUGGGACCUUUGGUGGCUGUGAGGAAAGGUGUUGUUCCACUCCCCCCACAUCCCUACCUCCAGUUGUGGCUUUAUUGUGGCUUUUAAUAUUUGCUGUGAAAUGAAACGUUUCCUAGUACUCUGCCUUUUCGCUGCUUGGCUUGACUCUGGGAAGGAGAUCCCAGGUACAAGGGGAAACUUGUAUGGCCUAUUGGCCAACUCUAGACAGCACCUGCUGUACCUGAUAUCUGUUCUAACCCAUGAAGGCUUCAGUCACACUGAGUUCUUAGCUCAGGAUGCCAUGAGACUGUUUCUGAUUUUUAUGAACACAUAUGACUGUAGGCUGCAAAAUGACACGUUUAUUUGCCUGAGUACAGGGUAUAGCACUCUGAUCAGGUCUAAUUCCACUGUUGCACAGAGGGGCAAUUCCAGGACAUGAUCAUCUGGUGAGCUUCUAAAGCAUAAUUCGCAUCCCAAAGUAAUCUUUUGUUUUACAGGUACUGCUUGCUGAACUGAAAGGGAAGAAUGAAUUUUUUGCAGUGAAGGCUUUGAAAAAGGAUGUGGUGCUAAUUGAUGAUGAUGUGGAAUGCACCAUGGUAGAAAAACGGGUCUUAGCACUGGCAUGGGAAAAUCCAUUUCUUACUCAUUUAUACUGCACUUUUCAGACAAAGGUACUUCAAUCCUUAAUUUGCUGUUGCUGUGAAAUAUGUGGGUGACUUAUUUGAAGAGAGUAUGUUUGCUUAAAGAGCAUAUCAUUACAUCUGUGUGUCUUCUUGCAUACUCCUUAAGUAUCCAUUUGCAGGCUCUGCAUUAUUUGUCCAUUAAACAAAUAAUGGACACCAUUGGACUUCAGCUUAUAUGUUGGGGCCCAUUCCUGGGCUGCAACCUAACCUAAGGUGGGUCGCAACAGUAGUACCAGCACCACACAAAUAUAUGGUUAGAAAUUAUAAAGAAGGUUCCCAAGUGCAUGUUUGAGUUGGAAGGGACCCUGAAAUAGCCACGACAUGAAAAUAAAACUUUUCCUGAAAAAAUGAGACUGGUGCAACUUUUUCAUUAAAUACAGAAAUGAAGGAUAGAUUCACGAAAGGCUCUGGAAUCUGGUAGAGGAGAAGCGGUCUUCCCUUCCUGUCUAAAUGGUUUGGGUCUGGGAUACCCAAGGGCCAUGUCUUCCCAUACCAAACCCCCAAAUCUAUUGGAGAGACUCUUCUCUUAUCUUGUUUUGUGACUGAGGCACAAGUAGUCCACAUGAGAGAAAGGACCUUCUCAGUGCCUGCAUCCAGACUGUGGAAUAACCUACCCUGCGAGAUCCCUGCUUCCAGGCUUCCCAUAGGCAUCUGGUUGGCCACUGUGAGGGGAGGAUGCUUGGAUAGGUGGGUCAUGGGUGAAAUCCACCAAUGCUCUCAUGUUAUUGCUUUCUGGGCCCCUCUCUUAACUGUUUUUCACUGACUGAUUAAAACUUCCUUGUUCCAAUUAGUAUUUGUCAUGCCAGGCAGAUGAUCUUUACACAGCAUAACCUCAUUUUUAAAGUGUUGUCAGCUGCUGCUGUUUUUACGGCUUUUGUGGAAUGGUCUUGUGCUUAAUUGUUGUCAGCCUUCAUGAGCAAUGCACACGCAUUGGAAGGGUGUCAUACAAGUUUUCUACAUCAAUAAACGUCUGACGCUGCUUGUUAAGAUUUCCAGCCAGAGGCUGCCACCAGUAUAUGACUCGACUCACUUGCAGAACAACAUGUUCAUACUGUGUAUAUACUGACAUCAGUCAGCUAAUGUUGUGUUCUUUCCUGUUUGUAAACAGGACCAUCUGUUUUUCGUUAUGGAAUUUCUUAAUGGCGGAGACCUAAUGUUCCAUAUACAGGACAAAGGCCGCUUUGAUCUUUUCAGAGCUACGUAAGUGUUGAUAACAUAAUGUUGUGGCAAGGUUUGUGGGCCCGAUUCUAAAACUGUCCUUCUGUUUAAGAUGGGAUGUGCUUUUAGCUUCUGCACCUAUGCAACGUAACAGCAAGUGUUCUACUCAUAUCACAGAUUGUUGCACCUCCACAAGUGCUUAGCUUUACUGUACCGUUGGCUUGCUCAGUUUUGCCAAGGUAUUAAAGGGAACAAUUAGAUUUCCAAGAAGUAUACUUGUGGAAGGAGCUGACUUAGGAAUAGCCUUUUCCAACUUAAGCUGUAUCCUAGGGUGUUAGACAAACUCUCCAGCAUUUAGUGGCUAGGGGAAAAGUGAGAGGUUUCUGAAAAAGUAACCAAAAGAAAAUGAAGUACUACAUCAUCAGUAGGCCCCUACUUUAUUUAAAUUAAUCCCUCCAUUUAAAGUGGUUUUACUGUGUUUCAGGUUUUAUGGAGCUGAAAUACUGUGUGGCCUACAAUUUCUUCAUAGCAAAGGCAUUAUUUAUAGGUGAGUGCUGAUUGACCUUGGUAAGCCUUGUAAAACAUUGCAACAGUUACGUCCUGAAUUGGUGGAUUCUGUCAUUAACCAACAAGCAGUGUGUUUUACAAGGAACUGUUCCCUAUUAAAAAUCUGAUUUUAUUCCAAAUGUGUUGAAAAGAAGCAAUUCAGCAAGCACUUGAGGCCAAUAUAGAAUUGUUUUCUUGUGUUUUUCUCCUUGGCAACAAGAAUAAAGAAAUGUUAUUUACAUUAGACAAAAGACCCUUUGUUUCACAUUCUUGAUUGCCAAGCACUUAGACACAAGACUGAGAUAUUUUGUCUUCCUUCUAGUGCCAAAGGAGAUUGAUAGUAAUUAAUCCAGGAUACAAUCCUGGAAAGGGGAGACAGCAUCCUCAGUGGGUGGCUGUUCAUGAGAGGCAGAGAGAAUUCACAUCUGUCUAUGUUACCGGUGUCUUUUCCCUAUCUAUAAAAUGCAGAAAUGUUCUUUGACGACACAGUUCAUACGAUAACGUUACUUGUAGACAGACUGAUGCCAACAAGUCUCAGCCUUGGCUGACAUCUUCAAGUGAUGCCUCGUUUUGAAAUCUCAGCCAUGUUCACCAGAUCUGAAGACUGUACUAAGCGGGCUACAGUUUCAUAAGCCGCACUAUUAGCUUUCAUCUAAGAGUCGGUUUGAAAGCUACUCUGCAGCAUUUUAUAUUUAGCAACAUUUUCUGAAACUGCAAGUUAGCUAUUUGUUAAUGUCCUGUUUUACAGAAUGAAGUAGUUAUGCAAAUAAUAUGAAAGAAGUUUUUUUUUUAUCUACAAGUAUCAGUCCUGUGAGUGGGAGGGCUGCUAACUUGAACUUAAAUAGAGCUGUAUUGUCUGCUUCUACAGAAGCUUUGUCUAAAUUUUUCAUGAUGAGAAAUGGCAGUUGACUGUGCCUUGGCAAUGGUUGCUGCUCUUGGGAAUUCAGCUGCCAACAAGGAAAGAAUUUCUUGAUGUCAUAUGAAACACGGGCUUUCAUGAUAUCAUUACUGGCCAGUAACAGCUAUUGGCAGCCUUUCGCUUUAGUACAAUGCUAAAUGCAAACUGCUAGAGAUUGGGGCUGUUGCAGAGUUAAUUGCUGGAUAUAAACUUGCACGUGAAUAAAACAGUUUAAAAGGGGGAAGCACAUUGUUUUUAGAUGUGUUAUGCAUAUGUACAUGCCUGUGUUUGUGUGUGUGUUGCACCAGGCAACAUUUUAGAAAAGCUGCUCUAUCCUAUUUGAGAAUGUAUUUUCAAGGAUAAUGCCUGGCACUUUCAUUAAAAAUAAGUAUUUAUAAAAAUAAGGUGUUGCUCAGUUAAUGAGAGCACCUUUUUAACUAAUCAGAAAGCUUUUAAUUAAUCUCAGCAAUGAAUUGACUGGAUGUUGCAGCCAUUCUAAAAAGGAAAAGUUGUCAAAAGUGGGUAGGGAAAUACCGUUUCUUCACCCUCCUGUACAUAUUUCAGUACAGAGUUAUCAAGCUUCAUUAAGAUGCAGUAUUUUAAACUUUUGAAAGUUUUUGUUGAUUGCAUGCAUCCUUAAUUCUUUGCUACUGGCUUCUUGGCAGUAAGUUUUUUGGAAGUGUGCUUUAAGUUUAUUGGCAACUGGUUCUUAUGGCUGCUGUCUAAGACCAGAGUGCAAAUGAUGAACACAUGUCUGUAGGAUAGAACCCAGACUAUAGCUGGAGCUUUGCUUGUUGACUCUUUUACAGCAUUUACCCCUCCGGUUAAAGCUAUAAUUAAUUGCACAAUGCAAUGAACUAUUGUUAAUGUGGCUUGAUAAUGGAUCUGUGUAAAUUAAAACAAAUGGCUUAUGCACCAGAGGCAAACAGAAAAUAUGUGACUAAAACUCAGUAUUUCUGUGUUGGAUGCAAACGUGAUAAAUAACACAACUUGUUGAAUCAUUUAGAGGUGAAGGCCUUUGUUGCCAAUGCAAAAUUUCAUUGUGCCCCAGAGUAGACACAUUAAGGAUUCUACAUAGUGCCUCCACCUCAAAAGCCUCAAUUUUCAUUUCCCCAUGGAUUUAUUUUAAUUCAUGCUUUUGACAUGGAGUUAGCAUUGGAGCCCUUCUUCUGCCUUAGUUUUCAUUAAAAAAAGAUUGGGAAAAUUAUUUGUUUACUUAUCUGCCAACUUCAGUAUCUUCUACACUCUGGCAGACAUGCCAUUAACUAUUUAUUAAUGCUGAAAGUAUCCUAUGAGGUUGAAAGCAAAUACCUUUAAGUGGAUGCAAUUGCUAAGUCAUUGGGGUGCUUUUGUCCAAUUUGAAUGGUUGUGCUGAUUAGUUUUAUUUUUUUUUCACACAGAGACCUCAAACUAGACAAUGUGAUGCUUGAUAAAGAAGGUCACAUCAAAAUUGCUGAUUUUGGGAUGUGCAAAGAGAAUGUGUUUGGUGAGAACAAGGCGACAACUUUCUGCGGUACUCCAGACUACAUAGCGCCUGAAGUAAGGAACAUACAUGUGUAACAUACCAGCUCUUGAAAUAGCCAUAGAAUUCAUUAAGUCCACAAUUAACUUGUGUGCAUUCAACUUUACACACUUGGCAAAUAUUAUUAUUAUUAACAAUUUUUUUUAAAGGGGGAAGGCAUCUGGGGAAAAAGACUGGCUAUCUCAUCCACCGUUGCACCCAGAAUGUUUUGACUAUACAUGAUUUUGGCUUUAGGCGCAUGGAACAUAACCCACAUGUAAGUUGUGGGCUUACUGAAUAUAUAAUUAAUAAAUAGAGUUUCAUGUUAUCUCCUAAGGAGAGGGUUGCUAAUCUUUGAUCCUCCUGAUGUUACUGAAUUCCUAUUAUCCCUGACCAUUGUCCAGACUGGCUGGGGCUGAUGGGAGAUGGAAUCCAACAUCUGGAAGUUCACAGAUUUCCCACCCCUGCUCUAAAUAAAGCCUAGUUGGUCAUUGCUUAGGGAACCCAGUAUAAGAGGGAAUGACCAUACCCUGAGUAGAAAAUUACACCUGAGCCAUCUAUAUGCUGAGUUUAUUUAUUCCUAGGUUCUUCAAGCUCACAGUUUGUACCACAGUUGAAAUAGUGGUACGUAUUAUGGGUUCAGGCCAGAAUGUUCAGUACAGGUAAACUUGUUCAACCAAUUGGAUGUUACUAUCUGCCACAACAUGGCGGGCAAAAACAUGACAGUCCACAUCUCAUUCUCUGUCAGAGGUAAACUCAAAAGUAAAUAGGUUAAUGUUGAGUCCCAAUGCAGCCAAUGAAUCAAAGGUGAUUCAUGCUGAUAAAAGGACUGAGAAUGUGAUAAAAGGACUGAGAGAAAAAAUUGCUUUAAAUUGUGAAAAGCCAAAAUCCUGAUUUGUACAACUCUUGAGGAGUUAAGAAAGCUUCCCAUUGCAUUUUACAUUGUUGUUUUCUUGUAUCGACAACAGAUUCUGCAAGGCCUAAAAUACACAUUUUCUGUGGACUGGUGGUCGUUUGGAGUCUUGCUGUAUGAGAUGCUUAUUGGACAAUCUCCUUUCCAUGGUGAUGAUGAGGAUGAGUUAUUUGAGUCAAUCCGUGUGGACACACCUCACUACCCUCGCUGGAUUACCAAGGAAUCUAAGGAUAUACUAGAGAAGGUAUACACUUGCUAAGGCUAAAUUGUUUUUCUGUUUGGGAAAAUGGAAAGGGGCCUGGAGAAUAUCUUAAGCUAGUAAUAGAUCUUAAGUGCCCUGCAUUCCAGGCAAAGAUUUUUGUGAAAUAAUCAGUAAUUAUAUAACCAGCUACAGGACUGGAGGGUCUUGUUGCAUUGUCACAUGCAACCUAGUGAUAAUAUGCCCCCUUGUUGCAGAUUAUGUUGUAUACACAACAACUGGGCAGUCAUAUGGCAUACAUACCACCCCUUCUCCCCAUCCAAAGCAGCUUUUGCAGCUGCCAGCAAUAGUGACUAGAACUGGCCACAAUGGCUGCCCUAGAUCAAUUCCAUUGAGUCCAUCGUCUUAUUUUUCUGAACAGCAGCUAAAGUCUUAGUUUCUAUCAGAAAUGUGAUCUGCAGGCCAAGUAACUGAAGCUGCAUGCGCAUUAUAUUUUGCAGUUGUUUGAAAGGGAUCCAACAAGACGACUGGGAAUAACUGGAAACAUCAGAGAUCAUUCUUUCUUCAAAGCGAUUAAUUGGACGGCACUUGAGAAGAGGGAAGUGGAACCGCCCUUCAAACCCAAAGUGGUAGGUAUCCUUUUGAAUCUAGCCAAGUGUAAAACUGUGAUGCUUUUAUCUGUUGUUGUUUUUUCAAAAAAAAAAUUAUUAGGUUUUCCACAAUUAUACCACAUAACCAAACAGAUAACACAAUAUUUAAAAAUAUAACAAUAAACAAUAUUGUUGCUCCAAGCAGUGGCCCUUCCCCUAUGGGUAAUGCUGCUCACUGUUAUAUUAAGUAAAUCAGUGCAAGGGUUUUUUUUUUUAAGGUAAAGGGAAGGAUUUGGGUCUGGAAGGUAUCUGGAAUUGAAGCUGGAACCUUCUGUAUGCUAAUUUGUGUUCUGCCCUCAAUAUGUGGUUGAUCUUAUUUCUUACUGGUAGCAUAUUAUGGCUAGAUGGCAGAUAUGCAGGACUUUCUGUAUUCAGGUAUUACUAGACAUUACAGGUGAUUGUUUGAUAAAACAAUCUCCACCUGAUGUGUGAUAAAUUCCUACUUGUUACUUGCUGAAGCAGUGCAGCCAACCGAACUCAUGCUGCAGUUGUUUGUCUGAGCUUGUUAAAAUGAAAUGGGACUCCUACUGAGCAAGGGCAAGAAGAAUUGAAGUCACUUUAACUAAUUUUUUUCUUUCUUUCGGUCCUUUGCUUCUCUUCUAUACAGAAAUCAGCAAGUGACUACAGCAAUUUUGACAGAGAGUUUUUGAGUGAGAAACCACGGCUAUCAUACAGUGACAAAAACUUAAUAGACUCUAUGGAUCAAUCUGCAUUUGCUGGGUUCUCUUUUACCAACCCUAAAUUUGAACGCAUUUUAGAGAAAUAGUUUGUCAGCACAGAGGAACUUUCAGGUACUGCUGUAAUGGAAGUUUUCGAGCACUCCAUGUGAAAUGUGAUCAGAGGAUACCGUCGUCUCUUUCCUUUCAUUCCGAACAACACUCAAUAGCAACUAAUUGUGCUCAUUCUGGCGGUAGCUUCAUUGUGCAUGGUUGAGUUUAAGUAUCCUUGUGAAUCAUAUGUAAAUGACUUCCUCUGCAGUAGGGAAAAUGUAAAUUGUGUACGUGGUUACUUGAAUGUAGUUAUCCGUUUGGGGGGGAAAUUAUGUAUAUGCUGUAUAUUUUGCUCAAGAGGUGAAAGAGGUUAUCGAAGGGUACUACCCUUCAAAUAAAGUGAAAUGGCUAGGCAGUUUUUAAAGUCCAUCAAACUAAAUAAUUUGAGUUGAUUCUGAGCUUCAAAUAUUGCUAUUUUUAAUUAAUAAAAAGUGGCAUCAAUUGAUUAUGGUGCUUCUCAGGCCCUCAAUCCAGCAGGUUUACAGCCUUUUAAGUUGUUCUUGCUUUGCUGUUCAUGGAUGAAGCCCCAUCUAAAAGACAGUGAAAGUAGUCUUUUUUAAUUUAAAAACAUGUGGGCCUUUCCUUAUUAGACUACAGCUACCACAGGCCCCCUAUCUGCAACCCAGUGAGUGAGGAAGUGAAGUGCUAGAGAACAAAGCUGUGUGUAUGUGUGCCAUUUAGUCCCCAACCCCCUUUGAGGAUGCUGUCCUGUCCUCAGUGUUGGAAGACAAAUGGAACUCCCAACUUGGUUGUUUAAGUGGGGAAGGGGGUGCCAUCUUGUCAUUUAUUUUUCCAGGCGUCAAUCUGUAUUGGGCACACGGUGAGGUAGAACUUGACUUAAAUGCAGUUGGGCAAACAUUUAAAUAAGCAUGCAUGAGACCGGGCAACACACCUUUAAUGAAGGAUGGUGGGCAGGUCUCAUUUCAAAGAACCUGCCGUUAAAGACCUGUGUGGUUUGGGUCUAACUUUGGUCUCGUUGCCAGCCAAUAUAGGUCUAGUCAAGCCUCAGCACACUUGAGAAGAUGAAGGCUAGUUCCCGUAGGAGUAUUUAAAUACACAGUAUGUGAUAACUAAUCAUUGCUACCUUGUAUCUUGAUCCAGAUAACAGAUUUUUAGGCUAGGCAGAAACACCCUACAACAUGUACAGCAUGUUGAAACCGUGGGGUGGGUGGGAUGUGGGGUAACAGGGAAGGAAUGCUGUCAAACCGAUGUAUUGAUUAUGGAUUGUUGAAAAACUUAGAAGGCUAAAUAAAAAUACAUCUAUUAUCUG